AUGAAACCAAACUUGAAGCAAUGGAAACAACUUAUGCUAUUUGGUAUCUGUGCUUGGGGUCUCCUCUUCCUUGUGAUAUUCAUCUAUUUUACCGACAACAACUCGGUGGAACCAGUGCCAAGUUCCUUUUCUUACAUAGAAGCCAAGAAACUCUUACCUAUUCAAGGUAAGCAGAGGGCCAUAAUGGGAGCACUUCAAGAUCUGUCUGUGUCAUAUGUCAAUGAUGAUAAUGAAGACAGCGUAGAUUAUUUUAAAUUCGGCCCAGGUAGCAUCAAAAACAUGGCUGACGUGGGGCAUUAUUUUGAGAAUGAAGAUGAAUUUAUAAUUUCAAAGAAUUUCAAAUCACCAGUCAGUAAUUUUCGUGGAAAUUCUGAUAAGAAUAAUCUACAUGCCAACAUUCAUUCAGCUAGUGGAAAAAUCUCUCCAUGGUAUGGUGCAAGGCAUUACCAAGCCAUCCAUUCACGUCACAGAAAAAACAGAAGACAUGUGCAGCGCAAGAACCAACAUAUGUUUGAAGAGUCAGAUGAUUGGAAUGGAUUUUCUUCUUCAAUGUCCAAAUCUUUUCUACAGAAAUUGUGGAAAGGUAAUGUCUCAGCAAAAAUGUUGACACCUCAUCUACAGAAAGCUAGGAGGGAGUACCUCAGAGCAAAUAAACUUGGAGUUAGCUAUACUGGAAAACAUAAUUCAAAGAAACUCAAUCCCCAAGAACUCCUAUGUGUUCUGAAGAAAAGAGCUCAUGUGAGGACACUGGAUGGCAAGGAGGCUCCAUUUUCAAAUCUGGGAUGGGAAAAAUAUUUUCCUCAAACACCACUAAACUUAUUAUAUCGACAAGGUUUCUCCUCUUGUGCUGUAGUUUCAUCUGCUGGCGCAAUCCUUAACUCCUCACUAGGAGCAGAAAUUGGUGAGUUCAGAGUAUUUUUACAAUAUUUUUUUAUUUGCACUCUCCAGUAACCUGUAGCCUGCCAUAUUACUAGGUGUAGCACGUUAUUUGAAAAAGGCAGAUGUAAUGUAGUUUCUGCACCAAAGAAAAUAGUAAGCUGUUGCUGUUGGAACUAAGAUUGACUUAUUACAUUUACUGUCAUGUAUAUUUAUUGCUUAUUAUGCAUGGAUUUUACAGGAGAGUAUUAUGAGGUAUUGAACUGUGUAUUAUGUCCAUAAAUUGAAAAGACAAAAAGACAAAACGCCAACUCUGUCUCUGAAUAACAGAAUAAGUCCUGCAAUUAUUUGUCAUGAUGAUAUUUUGUUUUCUCACAUAAAUAUACAUUCUCACUAUAAAAUAUACAUGCACCUGGCAGAACUACAGGGGUCGCAGCUGCGACCAGGCCUGUCACUCCAGGGGGCCCGACCACCCUGCGGACCCCUGUGACUGCAUGCCUGCCGCCAUGUGUUGUGGCCGCGGCCCGCAUGGUGUAACUGCUGGGGCCAUAUUGCAUUUUCUCACAAUAUGUUGUUACGGCCACCCGAUGGCAAUGAAUAUCCAGGGGGCCCCAGUCAGCGCUGCAGCGCUUUAACUAUGUGACCGGGCCCCCUGUGAUGACGUCAGAUGCUGGGAGGAAGUGACUGCCCUGGUCACUCCUCCCAGCUAUCAAAGAGAGCUGUGCGGGAGGAAGUCAGAGUGGGAACUUUGACAUCAUCAGCCUGAGCCACCACUGGACCCCAGGGAAAGUCACGCUCCUGCACCUAAAAGGUAGGAAACAGGAGGGUGACUUAAACAUUUUGCAUGUGUGUGUUAGUGUAUGUGUGUCUGUAUGUAUGUCUCUAUAUGUGUGUCUGUAUGUAUGUGUCUUAAUGUGUGUGUGUGUCCGUGUGUUUGUGUAUGUGUGUCUAUAUGUAUGUUUCUCUAUAUGUGUGUGUGCACAUGUGUGUCUGUAUGUAUGUAUGUGUGUGUGUGUGUGUAUGUAUGUAUGUGUUUGUGUCUGUAUAUAUGUAUGUGUGUGUCUGUAUGCCUUUAUGUGUGUGUGUCUCUGUGUGUGUGUGUGUCUAUGUGUGUGUCUGCAUGUGUAUCUGUUUACAUGUGUAUGUGGGAAGGGGGGUGGACAUAUGAGGGAAGGGGAGAAGUAGACUUAUGGGGGGGGGGAAUUAAACGUAUGGGGAGAGGGUAGACCUAUGGGGGGGACCCAGGGUAAUUUUCUCACCGGGGCCCCAUGGUUUGUAGUUACGCCUCUGAUACAUAUGAUAGUUAUGUGCAAACUGAAUUGGAAAUAAGACAUAUUAACCCUUAAAAAUCAUAAAUUCAUGGUUUUAUUUCUUGACAAGAUCUUUACAAGUUUAUUCAGGUGACAUUAUUUCAGGAUAUUGUUUCAGGAAGCAAGCAAACAUUUACAAAUGGUCCAUUUCUUAAAAAGAAAAACGUAUGUAUCUGUUAGUGACUGUGCUACAUAUCAGUGAGAUUGUCUGUCUGUCAUUGAGGAUCUAUGUCAGUAUGUCUGUUAGUGAGUGUGUGUCUGUCAGCGAGUGUGUGUGUCUGCCAGUGUGCAUUUGUCAGUGUGUGUUUCUCAGUGAGAGUGUGUGACUGUCAGAGAGUGUGUGUCUGUUUAGAAAAAUGGGUGGGGCUUAUAGAUGGAGAGGUGGAGUUAUCAGGGCCGUCUUUAAGGAGGGGCAAAAGGGGCAGCUGCCCCGGGCCCAGUUACUCCUGGGGGCCCUAAGGCAGCUGCCCCAUGGGCCCCCUGCGGCACCUGAGGUAAUCAGGUGCCACAGCCCUUUAAUACUGCUCUGGACCGGCCCGGGCCCCUGUUAUAUGGGGGGUGGCUGACUACAUACUCACAACUAGCCCCCUCACAUACUGCCAUGUGAGUCUCUGUUUCCUGGGCAUGCUGGGAGGCAGUGAGGUCAGAUUGCUUCCUCCUCAGUGCCGCUGGGGAGGAGGCACACACCACAUGGAGGAGGAUGCAAGCAUUGUGGGGGAGAAGGACUGAGAAAGCUGAUGGCAGACUCCCAUCAUCCUGAGCCAGCAAGCUCUCACUGGACACCAGGGAAGCCACCUUUCUGUACCCAAAAUGUAAGGAGACAGGAGGGUGGCUAAAUAUGUUUUGUUUUUUGUUUUGCUUAUUUCUGAUAUCACUUUUAUUUAAGUGUGUUGGUGUUUGUAAUGUAACACACAGGGAAUAAGUACAUGUUAAAAAUCCUAGAAGAACCUGACAGUUCCCUAUUAAAUAUAAAUUUAAAAAGUAUUUAUUUUAACAUAUUGCUUCAAGUGUUAUCAAAGGCUGUACACCAUUUCCAAAUGUCACUUUUGCCAAAUUCUGGACCAAGGUAUGUAAGAACAGAAGAGUUGAGACAUUAUAUUGGCCAAGUUUGCUGGGAGUUGCUGUCCAAGAGCUGCUAGAAGGCAGAGAUUAAAAUAUGUAAAUGUACACAUAUAUGUGUGUGUGUAUCUGGCUGUGUUUAUGUCCUUGUGUGUAUCUGGCUGUGUUUGUCUGUGUGUCAGUGUUUCUGUGUGUAUGUAUACCUCAUACACCUGUAUGUGCACCUGUGUGUGUGUUUCGGUGUGUGUGUAAGUGUGCAUCUGAGUGUGUGGUAAUGCAUACAUCCCAGCAUUUUAAUGCCAACACAAAUACACUCCUACAUUCCGUCUCUAGCACUGUACACAUAUACACCCCUGCAUUUAUACCUUUAUGUAUGUGUGUAUCUGAGUGUGUGUGAAUAUACCUGUGUCAGUGUGUGUGUGUGUAUGUGCCAGUGUGUGUAUAUCAAAGUGCUUGUAUCUGUGUGUCAAAGGGUGUGUAUCUGAGUGUGUGUGUAUGUGUAUGUGCCAGUAUGUGUCAAGGUGUGAGCAUGUGUCAGUGUGAGCAUGUGUGUAUCUGCGUGUUAAUGUGUAUGUGUAUAUGUGUUAUAGAAAUCACACAACAUGCAAACAGACCCCUGCAAACACAAACAUUACAAACACACCAGUUUGCUGAAACACUAAUACUACACACAAAUGUACACAUGUAUUUAAAAGACAACACUACGUCCAAACACCCCCUGCAUGCAAAUACAAACAUUACAUGCAAACACAUUCCUGUAUUAAAACGCUAUAAUUAUAUACAAACACCAACUCUACACACAAAAGUACACCUGCAUUUAAAAGCCAACACUACAAACAAUCACACAUCCCUGCAUUAAAAUGCAAACACUACACACAAGUACACCACUGCAUUCCAAUGGUAACAGUGCAUACAAAUACACCCCUACAUGCACACAUACACUCCAUACAAUAACAUGCUGACAUUCAUUUGCACAAACACUGCUCAAAAAUACAACCCUGCAAGGAUGGUAGAUCCCCAGCUGGCAUAGGAUCGCAGGAGUUGUAUGACAGAUGGGGAUCUAUCUUUUCUUUACUCUUGUGCUACAGGGCAGGCCUGAAUUUUUUUUUGUUGCACCAAGGCAACAUUAGUUUCGCCUCUAGGUUGGGGUGGAGGGAGUGAUUUCAUGCCCAAGGGGCCCAAACAAAUGCUUGCCCAGGGUCCAAUCAAUAUUAAAGACGGCCUUGGGAGUUAUUGUCAUAAAAACAUACAUGUCUGGAUAUUUACAAAGGGGAGGGGUUUGUAAGAUGACCACGCCCACAUAGGGGCGCCAACAAUUUUUUUUUUUUUAAACUAAGGCACCUGUGACCCUAGGAUUGGCCUUAGUUUAAAAAAAGUGUCAUUGCAGUAUGAGAGGUAGCGCUCACUAUCAUGCUGCAUUUUCUCACACAGUGAUUGUUGCUGGGCCAUUGGCAGAGCCCAGAAAAAAUCCUGCUGCAGGGGGCAAGGAGGGAGAUCUCCCCGAGGUAUUUUCAGUUCCCAGUGGUAUACCUGAUACUUGGUGAGGCAAUGCCAGGCUGUGGGAGGAGAAAGAAAUACUGCGACUGAGUGAAAUCGCUCAGCCAUAGUAUUUAAAUGGCUAUGAGCAUGCUGAAGCCACUAACUGUGGCCCCAGCUGACAGAGAGGAAUCCCAAGUAUUGAAAGAGAUCUGGGGUUCCUUGGUACCAGCAGGAUUUUAACCCUUGCUAAUACAGUCUAUCCCGUCACUGGGCAUUAAAAUCCUGCACUGCAUGUUGUCAUAGACUAUUAAGUAGUUAAUGCUUUUGAAAAACGUACCAAAUUGAUAAGUCAUGAAACUGCUUACACAGUUGUCACAAGUUCCAAUCAUGAAAUUUGUUUCUGCAAGUUGCUCCGAGGUUUGCUCUCCUGGGGAUGAUUUCUCAAUACAUUUUAUAUGCUAGACACAAUCUUUAAGGGGUUAUUUGUUUCUACUUUUAUAACAAUGCAUAUUAAUGAUCCUCUGGCAAUACCUUCUUAUGAUUUGAGACCUUGUUUUACAAUAGAAUAUAAAAUGCAAACCUAAUAGUCUAGAAUACCAGAUUUGCUUACCUGAAUAUAGAUUAUUCAAGUCAGUUUGACUGAAGUUCUAAUUAAGUUAAAAUAUAUUCAAAAAGAGCAAUCAUAAAGAAAAAACGUAUUAUUAUUUCAUAAAACCCAGCAGUCAGACAUAUGCAAGCAGAACAGGUAAAGACUGGGCAUCAGUGACCCUCACUAAAUAGGUUUACUAGGCGCUGAGCAUUUUGAUUGUGUGUGUGUGUGCCUGCUAGUGAGUGAGCUUGUGUGUGUGCCUGCUAGUGAGAGAGCUUGUGUGUGUGUCUGCUAGUAAGUGAGCUUGUGUGUGUGUCUGCUAUGGAGGGAGCUUGUGUGUUUGUGUCUGCUAGUGAGGGAGAUUGUGUGUGUGUGUGCCUGCUAGUGAGUGAGCUUGUGUGUGUGUGUCUGCUAGUGAGUGAGCUUAUGUAUGUGUGUGUGCCUGCUAGUGAGUGAACUUGUGUGUGUGCGCCUGCUAGUGAGUGAGCUUGUGUGUGUGUGGGCCUUCUAGUAAGUGAGCUUGUGUGUGUACCUGCUAGUGAGUGAGCUUGUGUGUGUGCGCCUGUUAGUGAGUGAGCUUGAGUGUGUGUGUGUGCACGCCUGCUUGUGAGUUAGCUUGUGUGUGUGUGCCUGCUAGUGAGUAAGCAUGUGUGUGUGUGGCUGCUAGUGAGUGAACUUGUGUGUAUCAGUGAGCUUGUCUGUAGGAAGCAUGUGUGUGUCAGUGAGCUUGUAUGUAGUGAGUAUGUGUGUGUCAGUUAACUUGUCUGUAGUGAGCAUGUGUGUGUCAGUGAGCAUGUUUGUGUGUGUGUGUGUGUGACAGUGAGCUUGUCUGUAGUAAGCUUGUACGUGUCAGAGUUUGUCUAUACUACGUUUGUGUGUAUACUAGUAAGCUUGUCUGUGUGUGUCAGUGAGAUUGUCUGUUAGUGAGCCUAUUUGUGUGCACUUGUAAGCUUGUGUUUUUAUGUGAAUGAGCUUAUGUAUAUCAGUGAGAUUGUUUGUCUAUCAGGUUGUGUAUCAAUGGGCUUGUGUGUCAGUGAGAUUGUCUGUGUCUGCAUGGGAGUAUGCUUACUGUAUAAUUAAAUGUUUUACUCUGAAAGGACCAAUAUUUUAAAAUAAAUGUAAAAUAUUGUUCCUUUCAGAGUAAGAGUAAAACAUUUAAUAUAUAUAAUAUGUACACAUAUAGUUAAUACAUUGCUAAACAGAAAUACACACACCAGUCAAGCCAAUUGUGUUUCAAAGCUGUUGUAUAAAGCAGACACAUACUCCAAGGAAUCCAUGUAUAAAGUGGAAUUAUGAGGCAAAAAUGUGGUUCUUUGUUGAGCUGUACUAUAUAUAUCUAGAUAGAUAGAUACAUAGCCUUACAUAUUACAUGUGACAAUACAUGGUGCAAUGACUUAUGUGGCUGGCAUAGAUUUUUUUUUUUCCAAGGCUGCUUUGUAUCCCCAGUCCAGCCCUGCUUAUAGUGGACUUUUCUCUGAAGUACCUAAAAGAAGGACACUGUAGAACAAACCCCAGAUAUCUGAUGGCAAACUCCAAAUGAAAAUUAUCUUGGCAAAACUUAGACAGUUGAGGAUAUGUAAUUUUGUAGAUGCGUUCAUAGAUUAUAUUUCCAUUAUCCCCUACACAGGAACGUUAGUGUUGACCCGGAUUACCAGACUUUUUACAUCAAUCUCAGGAAUUCAGAACUAAUGUACCAAUUAAUAGUUUCAGACAAUCUGACAAAAGAAUACACUGAGUUUUGUUUGAGUGGUUUAUUGCAAACCCUGCACUUGUGGCCUCUAAGAGAGAGUCAACACGGGCUCUAAAUAAGGGCACUCCUUUCUCUUUGUUACGUAAUAUAUCAUACUUGGCAAAAACACACACACAUACAGCACACACACAUACAGCACACACACACACACACACAUACAGCACCCUCACACACAUACAACACACACACACACACAUACAGCACCCUCACACACAUACAGCACACACAGCACACACAUACAGCACCUUCACAAAUACAGCACACACACACAUACAGCACACACAUACAGCACCCACACACACACAGCACACACACAUACAGCACCCACACACACAGCACACACACACAUACAGCACCCUCACACACAUACACCACACACACACAGCACACACAUACAGCAUCUUCACACAUACAGCACCCACACACACACAGCACCCACACACACACAGCACCCUCACACACAUACAGUACCCACACACACACAGCACCCACACACAUACAGCACCCUCGCACAUACAGCACCUACACACAGAGCACCCUCACACACACAGAACACUAACAGGACCCUAACAAACACACACACACAGCACACAAACAGCACCCUCACACACACAUCACACUAACAGCACCCUCACACACAGCACCCUUACACACACACACACACACACACACACACAGCACCCUCAAACCACCCUCACGCAGCACACACACACACAGCAGUGUAUGUAUGUGUGUGUAUAUAUAUACCCUGUUUCCCCGAAAAUACACCCUACCCUGAAAAUAAGCCCUAGCCGGAUUAUCGGGGUGGGCUGCAAUAUAAGCCCUACCCCGAAAAUAAGACCUAGGCAUUGCACCUUUGCGGCCCGGCGAGACUUCCUUCUUCUACCGUAUGAGGAGGAGGGGAGGAGCGUUGCGGGCCGCGGCAUCGCGCAACGUGAUGACGACCUUUCGCAGCGCCGUCAGUCUGCCUUCACGGAUCUUCAGCGGAAGGAUCCAUUUCCGGGCGGUGAGGCACCCAGUGGUCGGACUCGGUGGGCAAGGAAUCUUUGAAAUGUGAGUAGAUAUUUUAUGUCUGGGACUGAAUUAAUUAAAGGGGGGUGUGUGAAUUAAUUAAAGGGGGGGCUGGAUUAAUUAAAGGGGGGGGAUUAAUUAAAGGGGGGUGGAUUAAUUAGAGGGGGAUGGAUUAAUUAGGGGGGUGGAUUUAUUAAAGAGGGGGGUGGAUUAAUUAAAGGGGGUGGAGAAAAGUUGUUUAAAUGUUGUUCAAUGUACAUACCGGUACCGUAAAUAAAUAAGCCCUACCCUGAAAAUAAGCCCUAGUGUGUUUUUUGUGACUAAAAUUAAUAUAAGACCCGGUCUUAUUUUCGGAGAAACACGGUAUAUAUGUGUGUGUGUAUAUAUAUGUGUGUGUGUAUAUAUAUAUAUAUAUAUAUAUAUAUAUAUGUAUAUAUAUAUACACGCGGCUUGUGUUUGUGCUUUAGGGUGCAGACCCUAAUGCAAUAGGCUGCACACGCCUAUGUUGGAAUUUGACUUGAGACAUUCGUACAUUUGUGUGUAUAUUCCUCUGUUACACAAUAUACAGAGCACUUGUGUACCUGCAUUUUCCUUCUGUGUAAUAUUUUACUUUGCAUAAUAUAUUCUUGCGCGUAGCUCUUUUUCAUUUCAGCCAUCAUUGUUGAAAAUAAACACCCGCCUCCCUCCAUUCUCCCCUCUCCCCCCACCCAUUUUUUUUUUCAUUUCACUUUCUUUUCUUCUCUACCACAUAUUUGUUAUUGAUGAUAGAGAUGUUAGAGGUUAUAUUGUAGAUCAGUGAUAUCCACUGGGACACUAUAUUUAUGUAUUUGUCUGUUCGACAUAAUGAGACUCACUGUACAUCCAUAUUGCUUGUUAAUGGAUAGCCUGUGAUGUACAACAAAUUUGUUCCCCUUUUUUCUUUUCUGUAUCCUUAUUUAUUUAUAUGUAUUUCAAAAAAUAAUGAGAAGAAAUAAAGAGAAAGAGAGAAAAAAAGAAAAUAAGAAAUAAAAUAUGAUGAAAAAAGGUAUAUCCUUAAUCAACAAUAUUACAUAUACUAUUCUGAUCUAUUGAUACCACACUCCUAUCCAUACUAUUGAAAUAUGAAAUAUGGUAUGGAGCUGAUAUGCUAAUCGCCUAUUGAUUUACUCCUGGUCUCACAAUGAAUUUCUUUUUAUCUACACACAACAUGCUUCCCUUUUUAGCUACACACAUAAUCUAAUUAUUCUUAUCCUCACACACAUUGUUUUCUUGUCUAACCACACACACAUUGCUUUUAAAAGACUUUUUCUUAAAAUUUAAAAAUAAAUUUCAACCCACGCAAAUAAACCUGCUCCAUCACCAAGGUUUACCUUCCAUGCUGGCUGCAUAGAGUAACCACUCAACAUUUAGGUAUUUUAAAAGGUGGGUUACCUCUUCUAUUUGAUUGCUCCCUUGAGUAGCAGAUUAGGAUCCCAUUCUUAGCACCAAGAACUGUCAGUAAUUUAUUUACUCUACACCCAGUCAAGAGAGAGCACUGAGGUACGUUUAAGUGGUUUAUUGCAGAACAUACACUUGUUGCCUUUGAGGGAGAGUCAAUACAGACUGUGAAUGAGACACUCCUUAUUGUGUUACAUAAUCGAUUAUAUAUUGCUGAGCAUAACUCUUAAGUGUCCUUAUUUUGGACCCAAAUUCCUCAGUCCAAAUGCCCCUCUUUUAUAAGAGUUCCACAUUGUUAGUAUGUCUGAGUGUAUAACAGAGCUCCACAGCAAUAAACUACAAGAAAUGUAUUUAGCAAGCACACUGUGUAAAUAAGAUAUGUGUUCUUGUUCUAAAUUCCAUUUUAGGUGCAUACAUUGUUAUUUGUAAGUCAUCUAAAAUUUCUCAGAAUAGACCAUCCAUGGUCAUACCCACACUCGCUACUCCUCAUAUUAAAGUGUCCCUCUUUGUCCAUUUCAAAUGUUCAGAUAUGUUACAUAUGGCCUUGUCAAUUAAACAUUUGUCAUAUUGUAGCAGUGGUUCUUAACCAUAUUUUGAGUCACAAAUCUUGGGCAUUGCAUUAGUUCAGCGACCCAUUCUUCAAUUUUAAUAUAAGUUUGGGGAACUAAUUCUGAACUUGAAUAUAAUAUAUGCCAGAAUAAAUACUAAAGAACAUCAUCAGUAAACCUUUAGAGCAGCGGUUCCGAAACUGUGCGCCCACAGGGGAGCUGCAAGAUAUUUUCCCGGUGCCAUGAUCAGAGAUCACCCUCACCGGCCCACUAGCAGUAUACUGCUGGCAGCGGGCAGGGGAUGGAGGGAGAGAGGACCCGGGGGAUCUCUAACAUGCAGCUCUGCAGGGUUCUCCACUCGCAAGCUCAGAGCAUUGCUAGGGUUACCAAGACAAUGCUCCGUAUCUCGUGAGAGUGAACUCUAGCAGCUCCUGAGGCUACUAGAGUUCACUCUCACCAGUGGGACCACCUGGACUUCUCCACUAAUCCACCAGGGUUUGCCCCCACCAGGAAAAAAAUACAUUAUAUAUUCAUGAAUUUGCCUUCCCACCCCACAGACCCCACACCACACAAUAUUUCCCCAUACACACACCAUCCCCCACACACACUGCCCCCCACACUUCCCCCCACACACACACUGCCCCCAUACACACACAAUUAACCCCAUACACACAAUUGUCCUACACACAUUAUUUCCCCCCAUAGACACACACUGCCCACUCAUACACACAAUUACCCUCCCUACACACACUGCCCCCAUACACACAAACACUGUCCCUCCAUACUCACAAACUGUACCCCUCACACACACUGUACCCCUCACACACUGCCCCACACACUUUGUACCCCUCACACAACCUGCCCCCACACACACUGUACCCCACACACAACGUGCCCCCAGACACACACUGUACCCCUCGCGCACAAACUGCCCCACAUACACAGACACUGCACCCCUCACACACACGCACACUGCACCCCUCACACACACAAUCCAUCACUCAAGCACACACAUAUUGCACCCCUCACACACACUACUGCCCCUAUACCCUUCUACAGCGCCUAUCCCGGCAGAUCCCAGGUAAGUUGUCAAACUGUUCUUAAACAGUUUUCUACUUACUCUGGGAGGGCACUAUGGCACUACUGGCACCAUAACCACUACAAAGUGCUGUAGUGGUUAUUGUGCCUGGAUUAUUUCUUUAAAUAAUCUACCAGUGCCCCUCCAAAGAUUAGGUUCUGGAUCUGCACUUGAACGGCAAGCAUUUGUGCUGAAAAGAGGCCCAUUAUAUGCUGCUGCGCUGUACAUAUAUACAACCUAAAAAGUUUGGGAACCACUGAUUUAGAGCAGUGGUUCCCAACCCAGUCCUCAAGUACCCCCUAACAGUCCAGGAUUUAGGUAUUACCCAGUUGUGUUUAACCCCUUGACGACCGAUGACGGUUCAGUACCGUCAUUGGAAACAUCCCCAUGGGGAUCGAUGACGGUCCUGAAUCGUCAUAACGGUCUGGGGGUACUUACCUGAUCGCCAUCGGUCCCCCGGCGAUGAUCAGCACUCCUCCCGGUCCAGGGGGACUGCCUGUCUGCCCAGGCAGUCUCCCCCCAUGGCAGAUCAGGACCCCGCGGCCACGUGAUCGCUCGAUCACGUGGCCACAAUAGGUGUCUGCGUAUCUGCCUGCAGAGGGACUGUCUGUGCUGACAAGCAGACUCCCUGCAAGUGAAAAAUCAUAAAAUAAAGUUACAAAAUAAAGCAAUAAGUGUAAAAAAAUAAUAAUAUGUAUAUAUAUAUAUAUAUAUAUAUAUAUAUGAUAUAUAUACAUGUAUUAUAUCUAUAUAUAAUAUAUGUAUAUAUAUCUCAUAUAUAUAAUGUCAUACUAAGUGUAUUUUUAUAUUUAUAGAUACAUAUAUUGAUAUAAAAAUACACUUAUAUUUAAAUUACACACGUAUAUAUACAAUAUAAUAACUAUAUAUAUUGUAUAUAUAUAUUAUUAUAAAUUAUAAAAAAUAUGUUAAUAAAAAUAAAUAACAAAAAGUAAAAAUAAUUUUUAAUAAUUAAAAAUUAUAUAUAUAUGUAAUUUUAUUCUAACAGUAUUUUUAUAUUAAUAUAUAUAUAUAUAUAUUUAUUUCAAAAUACACUUAGAAUGUAAUGAUAUAUAUAUAUAUAUAUAUAUCUAUGUAUAAAUAAAUAAAUAAAAAUAAUACGAAAUAUACAUAUGUCCAUAUACAUAAUUACAUAAAUAAUUUCAUAAAUAUACACGUAGAUUUCAAAUAUAUAAAUAUGUAUAUGUAUUAAAAUUCUAUGUGAAUAUUUAUGUAAUAUUUUUACCUAAUUAAGUAAUUUUAAUGAUUGCAAUUUGAGAAACCUGCCUGCCAACCCAGGCCGAAAGUCCAGAGAAUUUUAUUUGCUAGCACUGUGAUUAACCCUGUAGCUUUCUAUGACACCCUAAAACCUGUACAUGGGGGGUACUGUUUUACUCGGGAGACGUCGCUGAACACAAAUAUUAGUGUUUCAAAACAGUAAAACAUAUCACAGUGAUGAUAUUGUCAGUGAAAGUGAAGUUUUUUGCAUUUUCCACACACAAACGGCACUUUCACUGAUGGUAUUAUUGCUGUGAUACAUUUUACUGUUCUGAUACACUAAUAUUUGUGUUCAGUGAAGUCUCCUGAGUAUAACACUACCCCACAUGUAGAGGUAUUAUAGUGUUUCUGAAAGUAAAAGGGUCAAAUAUAAGGCUUGGUUUUACUUUUUUUUUUUUUUUUUUAAUUGAAAUUUGUCAGAUUGGUUAGGUUGCAUUUGAGAGCAUAUGGUAGCCCAGGAAUGAGAAUCACCCCCAUGAUGGCUUACCAUUUGCAAAAGAAGACAACCCAAGGUAUUGCAAAUUGGGUAUGUUCAGCCUUUUUUAGUAGCCACUUAGUCACAAAUGCUGGCCAAAGUUAGCGUUUUUUGCAUUUUUAACACACUAACAAAUAUACAUGCUAACUUUGGCCAGUGUUUGUGACUAGGUGGCUACUAAAAAAGACUGGACAUACCCCAUAUUGAAUAUCCUGGGUUGUCUACUUUAAAAAAUAUGUACAUGUGAGGUGUGAUUUGGGGAUUUAUGACAGAUAACGGUGUUACAAUGUCACUAUUGAUAAAUGUAAAAUAUAUAUAUUGAAACAACAAUUUCCUACUUGUAUUUAUAGGCCUAUAACUUGCAAAAAAAAGCAAUAAAGCAUGUAAACACUGGGUGUUUUUAAACUUGGACAACAUGUUGAAUCUAUUUAGCAGUUUUUUUCAUUAGCUUUUGUAGAUAAGUAAAAGAUUUUUCAAGUAAAAGUCUAAAAACAUGUUUUUUUUUAAAAAAAAUUCACCAUAUAAAAAUUUAAAUAAAAUAUAUGGCAUGAUACAAAUAAUGGUAUGUAAAGAAAGCCCUUGUUGUCCUGAAAAAAACAAUAUAUAACUUGUAUGGGAACCGUAAAUGAGAGAGAGGAAAAUUACAGCUAAACACAAACACCACAAAAGUGUCAAAACUGCUCUGGUCUUUAACGUACAACGUCGCAAAAACCGUCCGGUCCUUAAGUGGUUAACGUGUUUUUAGAAAAAAUAAAUAAAUAAAACACUUUAGACACAACAGGGUAAUCCCUAAAUCCUGGACUGGUAGGGGGUACUUGAGGACUGGGUUGGGUACCCCUGCUUUAGAGGAUUAUAUUGCAUGUAGGAAGGCAGUACUGCUAUAGUAAACAGUGUAUUGUGGGUAAUUGGUAAAAGCCUGAAUGAUAUUAUGUUCCUGUUCCAACCAUUACAGACCAACUAAAUUAGCCCAUGGACCUGAUUUGGGGUUCUAGCCCAUGGAACUGCUUUAUAGCUUAUCCCAUACAUUAUAUUAUUCCCAAGGGCAGAGUACAGAAUAUUUGAUAGAGUCCUAACCUCAACAUAUGAGGAAAGGGAUUUAGGGGUGAUUAUUUCUGAUGACUUAAAGGUAGGCAGACAAUGUAGUAGAGCAGCAGGAAAUGCUAGCAGAAUGCUUGGUUGUAUAGGGAGAUGUAUUAGCAGUAGAAAGAGGGAAGUGCUCAUGCCAUUGUACAGAACACUGGUGAGACCUCAUUUGGAGUAUUGUACACAGUACUGGAGACCGUAUCUUCAGAAGGAUAUUGAUACCUUAGAGAGGGUUCAGAGAAGGGCUACUAAACUGGUUCAUGGAUUGCGGGAUAAAACUUACCAGGAAAGGUUAAAGGAUCUUAACAUGUAUAGCUUGGAGGAAAGACGAGACAGGGGGGAUAUGAUAGAAACAUUUAAAUAUAUAAAGGGAAUCAACACAGUAAAGGAGGAGACUAUAUUUAAAAGAAGAAAAACUACCACAACAAGAGGACAUAGUCGUAAAUUAGAGGGACAAGGGUUUAAAAAUAAUAUCAGGAAGUAUUACUUUACUGAGAGGGUAGUGGAUGCAUGGAAUAGCCUUCCAGCUGAAGUGGUAGAGCUUAAAAGAGUUUAAGCAUGUGUGGGGUAGGCAUAAGGCUAUCCUAACUAUAAGAUAAGGCUAGGGACUAAUGAAAGUAUUUAGAAAAUUGGGCAGACUAGAUGGGCCGAAUGGUUCUUAUCUGCCGUCACAUUCUAUGUUUCUAUGUAUAGCUUUAUUUAUUUAGCCCAUAAAGAACUGCUUGAUAGCUUUAUUUUGAAAACCUGAGCCAAAAGGGCUAUUCACUAAAGUUAGAUUUAAACACUAUCUCAGUUUCUCAUUAGUAUAAUGUUGUUUAAGGUGUAAACAUUGAAUUUGUUUUUAAGACUAACAGAUAGUAUAUGCCAGUAAAUUGGCCUUUGGAAAAAGCAAACUGUCAGCGUUUGUAAAUAAGUGCCCAGGCAGUAUAUAAUUCCUUACCUCUUCUGGAUGCAGUGGUGGACUUGCCAGUGUAUAAGCUUGCCCGAUGGAAAGUGGGCCCUGCGGGCCACUGAUGAAGUGGGUCAGCUUAAACAACAAUGCCUUAUAGUUGUGGGUGGGCCCCCUUUUGCUCCCUGGCAACCAAUAUUUUUAGACCCAGUCCACCACUAUUUGGAUGUAUCGUUGCUUAUUAAAUAAAAGAUUGUGCUAACAAUUAAAGACAUUGUACUCAUUAUGACCUGUUCUUGCUUUGUUACUGUUAAAACGUGCAUUAAUGCCUCUGGAAUAUAGUUUAUGAGGUCUGCAAUAGACAUUCCUAUCACAUUUUAUCCAGUGUUCACACUUCUGAUCUGCACCGGUCUCUUAAGGAUUCCUGCAGAUCUGGACCUGUUCUGAAUGCCUAGAAGCACCAUCCAAUCUACAUUAACACUUUACUUAAAGAUGCUGUCAUUUAUCUUGAUGGAAACCUCAGAACAGUAAUUUAUUUGCCUUUUGAUUGUCUGCAAUUGUUUUUUGUAACACGUAAAUCUGUAACUGGCGAAGAGCAGCAAGUAAUCAUCCCAUCACGGAGGCUUUCCAGUACGUGCACUUUCCGAUCUAUUUUUCUUCUGUCUGACACAAAUGAGUCCCUCGUAAACGCCUGUGAUAGAGUUGAACUGCCACCAUUAUCAGACAGCUGAAAAGGUUUCAGAAAACAAGUUAAGGUUCAGAAAUCCUGUUUUCUCACAUUUGACAAAUCUGUCUAUUAGAUAUGAUUAUUCUGAAUUUGUGGUCACAGUGCAAUGCUAUGAUAUUCACAAUUCUACAAAUAAUUUAAAAUUCAUAAUGGUAAAGGAAAUUAUUACUGAAAGUAAAAGAUUACAUGUGAUAUAGCCUUGGUAUUAUUAUUUUGUAAUGAUUACUAUAGGUAGAUACCUUUUUUUUAGUGUGUCUCCUUUCUUUCCUUUCCUAUGUGGGGUAGCCAUUUAAAUAUCUUUUUGAUCUCAAGCAUUGUCUAGAUCUCACACUAGAUCUUAAUUACCUUUGUGGUCUCUGGUCAGAUAAAAGGUUCUUCUGACCAAGGAAGACUGAAGAUUGUCAUUCCCACAGAGGAAGUGUAAGUAAUAAUUACAAAAUAAUAUGCUGAUAGACUAUAAUAUAUCAUCUUUUAUUUCAAGUAACACAUUUGUUUGUCAGUUUAAAUUUUAUAUUGCUAAAUAGAAACACUGGGGUUUCUACACAUAAGUAAGGCAAAAGCAUGUCUUCAUUUAUAAGAUUACCCACUUAAACGAGAUACCUAUUUACCUGGGGUUUAAAUUUUGCCCUUACAGUCAUGUGGCACCCGAGACAGAAUGGGUUAAAAUUUUUAAUUUAUUCAGAAUCCAAAGUAAUAUGUAGAAGAGAAAUGUUGCAGACAACUGAACAUGCAUAUUCUACAAGGGUACACUGUGAAAAUAAAUACAACAUAGAAAACACAGUGGUAAGUGGGUUAAUACUUUUUUAUUGUUGUUUUAAACAAUAAAAUGUUAAAUACAUUGUUUGUAUAUUUUAUAAUUAGACAGUUUGAUUACAAAAAAAAAAAGGAUUUGGCUGUCGUUAUACUGAUACUAUUAAAGAUGUUUGAUAAAUGAUUCAUAUUGCAUUUAUUAUACCUGAAGCCAUUGGAGGUUGUAGGUGUAUAGAUACAGGGUGCUUAAAAAUUUUCCUAAUGUUUUAGGUGAAAAGUUAAGAGUCUGUUUAAAGCACACAUGGGGUUAAAAAUAUACAGUAUUAAAAGCGACCAACUAUUUAAUUAGAUAGAGAAACAUUUAGAAACAGUUUAGACGUAUGUAGCAGAAUAGAGAACUCCAAUAUACUUUUAUUUCCCUUUUUGUUCAGCUGUCCGUAGACCCCGUUCAUUUACCCAACCCCCUCGCUGUGUGGCCCCUUGUUCGCACCUUCAUAAUCACCGACCACCCCUGGCUGUUAACCACAAAUUAGUUAUUAGUUCAAGUGCUUUCUCUGUGUGGUUCAGCGUGUAACUGAACGCAUGUAUUCAAACAAUUGGCAGCCAUUUUGUCUCCCAAACGAGGGCAGCGGUACAUGGUCGUGAACCCCCAGGAAACUGGUAGCGCUGCCCAUGCAACUUCAGUUAGAAGAACGGUGUCUGGGAGGCAUAAACUACCGAACAGGGGGAGCAUUCGUAUUCUAACAGCCAGGGGAUAGAUUCAUCAGUGUUAAUGUGAAAACCCCUGAAAGAUAACUGGUCGUUGCCUUGUUGUCUCAUGAACUGUUUUGGGGCAUCACCUCGUGGGUGACCAAUCAAAACUUAAUUCGAAUGGCGUUCCCAAACUACUGAAGGGAUUUGAGUGAUAUUUUGGCAAAGUGUGUGCUCAGAUCCAAGCUAUUUGUGGUGUUCUGAAGUUAUUAAAAUGUAUUUUUGGAUGUUUUUAAAUAUUGUAGAUUUUUCUGUACCUGAGAGAUAAUUGAGUUAUAGGUUUUUUCUCAUGCAAUUAUCUCUCAGGCACAGAGGAUCUUGGGAAGAAAAGCCCUGUAAUUGUGACUAAGAAACCCCAUGCUAGGGGGGCAAUGUAUAAAAGCCGUAUGUGGCAGGAAUAAAACCAGUUGUACUCCCAGAACUGUGUGUCGUCCAGUUGCUGGGGAGGACGUGGAAUAUCUACUUGGUGUUUUCUAGUUAAUGAUUUUACUCUUCGGGGAUCCAGCGAAGAGGAAGUCCCUGCUAGGACUAGGGCUCCGCUACAAUGUAUAUAUAUGCUAUAAAGUGAAUUAUGAAAAUUAAGUCAAUUGUUAUUGUUCUAUUUUUGAAUAUCAAAUUCUUCACCCCACUGAUAAUAAGAGCAAAAUUAAAAUGUUAUUUGGCUCCAGGUGUACUUUACACACUCCUGACAUUCACAAUUAUGUUUUUGCAGAGACAGGUGCCAAGAUUCAUCACUGAGAAAUAUUGAAUGAUUUUCUAAACAUACUUUCCCUUUUACCUUAAUUAAAAAUGUAAUUUCUAAAAGUCCUUAAAUGAUCUUAAAUUAGAAAAUAUCUCUAUUAUAAUUAAGUAUGGUGAAUGUAUGUACACGUUAAUUUACAUAAGUGAACCAUAUGUGUAGGCCUAAGUUGGGCCUGACAUGAUUACUACAGUUAAUUGCGACACUCAGCCAUGGAGAGGGCCAAGUCAUAUCAUAGAAGAUGAAAUGUCCCAGUAAGAGGCCUAAUACCGGAAGCUGAAGAAAGCCUCGCUGUGAAGCUAUGUUUUAUUGAAAUGCUGAAUAUGUUAGUAGUGAAAUUGCCCUGAAAGAACAGACAUGCAGUUAGUAGAACCCGAUUAAAUCUGUAUGAUAGGUGUGGCAUUGCAACUUAUCUACAUCCUAAUUCACCUAUUGGUGUAAAACUGUAGACAGAAAGUCAGACAGCAUGACAGAAAGUCAAUAGCCCAUUGGAUAUCAUGAACGUACAGGCACAUGUGCUCAUUAUUGAAUUGUGUAAUGAUCGUAUGCAUAUGGAGGACCAUGCAAGGAGUUGACGGUCCUGUUGAUGGUAUGGCUAGACCACGAGAUUCUAGUCUUUUCAUUCUCGCAUGUAUUCACCCCCUAGAGGACACGAGUGCUGAGAACUUGUGUAGAAGUCAGCGUUGGAGCGUAAAACCUCGUGCAUGGAGGAUGGUUAUUGGCCUCGCGGGACCACUAACUCUAAGGCAGAGAUGCCAGAAACUUAACCUCUAUUGAUCACCUAGAUCCCUAUAAGCCAGUAAACCUACUAACUAAAAAGGACUUUAUUGCGGGGAGCCAUCGUUGCUAAAACGUAUCUGAAUUAGUAGAAGAACUUGUGUAGGUUCUGUAUAGUAUGGUUGUAACGUGUAACUGAAUUCUGCAGUACCCACUAGAGGAGGCAGGAAGGGGAAGAAGAGGACUAUAACCUAAAUAAUGACCAGAAUGUGUAUACGGAUUAUUAAACCAGUAUUAUCCCUGUGAUUGAAAUCUUACCUACUGAAAUUGGAAUUGAGGUACAAAGAGCAAACGCUGCUCUGAAAAUUGAUGACUCCGUGAUCUGUACUAGAAAGUAGAUUCCAUGAUUUAUAAGAUGUAACGAAAUCCCAUGUUAAAUAGACUAUGCGAAACAGCCUGUUCGGUUAUUUAUGCGUGUGUGUGGUGAUUUCGUGCAAAUACCAAUUAAACGAACAAACUAGCGAAUCACCUAUUGAGGUCGUGUGGCGCUCAUUAACCACCCAGACCUUGCGGUUAACCACAGAAUAAUUGGGGAACAGCUUGGUGGUCCACAUUCGUCUGCCGAACACGUGGUGGGCACCAUUUUAAAUUGUCGAACGCUCAGCGGUAAAUGGAGGCGAUGCCCUGGAACUCUUUUCGGACACUUAUUCCGCCAAACACCGCUGUUACCUAUCAAGGUCCCCGUUCAUUCGGCUGGAAACCCACGAAUGUCAGGAACAUUUCACCGUUCGGGACUUUUAUGUGAUGCGAAAUAGACCGACGCCAGAUAGCUACAGUAUGGAACUCUUUCUCGGAUACAAACACGCGAACUACCGGUGAAGUCCAAACUUCAUUCGACGAUAUUGAGAACUGUGUUCGUGGGAUCUGAGCGCUAUUCGCCUAUAAUGUGCGCUCAGAUCCAAGCUAUCUGGGGGUAUGUGGGACUUAAAGUUUAUGUUCAGUAAAAUAUAAGUUAUAGAUUUUACUACUGUUUUGGGAAUAUAUAAAAAGACAUGUUUUUCUCUACCUGGAGAUAAUUAAGGUUUCUUUUACUAACUUAAGUUAAUUAUCUCCAGAAUAGAGAGGAGGGAUUUACCUAUACAAAGGGGAAUGCUUAUGUUGGAGCCACUGCGAUUGGCUACUGUAAUUCUUUUGUCCCAGUCUUCCAUUUGGUCCCCUAGGGGAUUGUCCACCAGGUGGGAGACCUGCAUAAAUACCAGGCAGGUAGCCCCCAUUAAAUCAGAUCGUUUUACCCCUUCAUGAAGUCUCGACUCAUGUUUGGGGGAUUGGGAGCGAUAAUCACUUUUUCAAGCUAGAUUUCGGGAGAAGCUACAAGGAUCAGCACUGCACGAAUAGAAGGAUCCUUUACAUAAGAUAUGGCUAAUAUGCUGGCCUGGAGGUAGUGCAGGAGUGCACCUGUGUAUGAGAUAGCACAUACCCCAUGAAACCCCUAACCGCAUAGUGGUAUACGACUGUAAAGACAUGCCCCGUGCAUUAGAGAACUUUAGAACCAGUAAAUGACCUACCUACAGAAAGAAACAUAAUCUGAUGAUCUGAUAACAGAGGAAUAAAAUAUCAGUCACAGACAAACCCUAAAUUCCAGGACAAUAUACUCAUAAAUAUUAUCGGUGACAAUAUACGUAUACUAUAACAUGAGACAGAUCACACGUCAAAACCUGACCUAAUCGUUUGUUUAUAAGGAUACAUACAGUGCCUUGCAAAAGUAUUCACCCCCUUGGCAUUUUUUGUGUUUUGUUGCCUCACAACCUGGAAUUAACAUGGAUUGUUUGAGGAUUUGCAUCAUUUAAUUUACUGAACAUGCCCACAACUUUGAAGAUUUUUGUUUUUUUCAUUAUGAAAGAUGGUUAUGAUAGAUUUGAUGGUGCUCCUGGGGAGAGAUUUGGAUAUUUUUUUAUAACCUAACCCUGACUGUACUUCUCAACAAUAUUGUCCCUUACAUGUUUGGAGAGUUCCUUGAACUUCAUGGCAGUGUUUGGUUAGUGGUGCCGCUUAGGUGUUGCAGCCUCUGGGGCCUUUCAAAAAAUGUGUGUAUAUGUAAUGACAGAUAUGUGCACAAUGUGGAAAAUAGUCAAUACGAAGCUCUAUACACCUCAAAGUGGUGUCCCCUCUACCACUUUAAAAUCAACAAUAUACAUACAAAAACAAGAUGGAGCUUCUUAAAAUGGCAAUAUAACAGAUAUUCUGUAAAAUAAAAUAUAAACAAUAGCGCAAUACAGUAAUACAAAGAAAAUUAAAGGUGUAUAUACAGUAGAUUUUCCACUCACAAGCCUGGAGUCAUAAUCUCAUAUGACUCGGAUGGUGUGUGCCUUUGGACCAUUUCAGGAUGUCCAGAUCCUUCUUUCAUGCAGGAUUCCGUUUAUCCUCCCCUUUAGCCAACUCACAGACAAAAAUGCCGGGUCAGUAAUAAAUUUCCAAAACGGUGAUGCUUUAUUCAAAGUAAAAACUUUUGAUAAAAAAAUAAAUGUUAAAAUAAAUUAAAAUAUAACAGCUUUUUAUCUAAAUAGGGCUAUAUAGUCCUUAAAAAUCGCCAAAACGUGUUUCGCCUGGUAAAACAGGCUUCCUCAGUCGGCUUUAUUGUCCACUGUUCAGUCCUUUCUCAAUUUUUAAAAGUCUGCUCGUUUUUACUUCCGGGUUCCGGUUUCUGCCUAUUUGGAAUGCAAUUAUGCGUUCCAACGAUGUCAUUUCCUGUUGUGUCACUUCCGGAUUUCUGUUUCGAUCUAUUGGAACGCAUCGUGCGUUCCAACGAUGUCACUUCCUGUUACGUCACUUCCGGAUUUCGAUCUCGACUGGUUGGAACGCAUAAUGCGUUCCAGUGACGUCAUAUUUCGGCAUCUCAGUCAUUUCAAUUAGUCCACAUAAUAUCCAGCUAUGGAAGUCUGUUUUUACCUAUUUGUACACAUAUAUUGAUAAACUCUACAUGUGUAUUAAUAAUGUUCAACCAAGAAGGAUCUGGACAUCCUGAAAUGGUCCAAAGGCACACACCAUCCGAGUCAUAUGACAUUAUGACUCCAGGUUUGUGAGUGGAAAAUCUACUGUAUAUACACCUUUAAUUUUCUUUGUAUUACUGUAUUGCGCUAUUGUUUAUAUUUUAUUUUACAGAAUAUCUGUUAUAUUGCCAUUUUAAGAAGCUCCAUCUUGUUUUUGUAUGUAUAUAUGUAAUGACAGAUUAUGUGACACUUAGAUUGCACACAGGUGGACAUCAUUUCACUAAUUAUGUGACUUCUGAUGGUAAGGAGCUUUUUAUGGGCUUCAUAACAAGGGGGUGAAUACCAAUGGACAUGCCAAUUUUCUGUUUUCUAGUUCUAAAAAAUAGUUUUAUGUAUAUAUUUUUUCUCAUUUCACUUCACCAACUUAGACUAUUGUGUUCUGAUCCAUCACAUACAAUUCAGAUUAAUAAAAUAUUGCACUUAAUGCUGUAAUGUAACAAAAUAGGUAAAAAGUCAAGGGGGUGAAUACUUUUGCAAGGUACUGUACUGUGGUAAUAGUUCUAAGCAUUAAAGCGAUGUUUGUAGAGCUAAAGGUCUCCUAAACAUACAUCGCUACAUAUCAGAUUGAGAACCUAUCAUAGAAUAUGAUUGAUAAGACAUAAGAAAAGAAAAAGUCGCAUUCUGCAACUAUGAUUCACUGUAAGUCUCGCGGUCUGGUUGCCGCGCGGAUCGUUGCCACGGCUCUGACGGCCGCAGCUCUCUAAGUUGCCAUAAUACAGACAGUGACUCGAGUAUAAGUCGAGUGGGUGUUUUUAAGCACAAAAAAUGUGCUGAAAAACUAGACUUAUACUCGAGUAUAUACUGUAGAUAUUACUAAUCAGAAAGAAGUUAGCAAGUCCUUGGACCAUGCAGAAAUGGCACAAGGAAAUAUGGACAGUGUUCCUAAAACCAAAACAUCCAUCGUAUAACCUAUUCCAUCUGCCAGGAAGGAAAGAAAACUGUUGCAACAUCAUCAGAACCAUAUCAAAUGAAAACCAAUUUUCAUUGUGAAUAGCGUUCUAAGACAAGCAUUCGUGAGAACAAACUGAGUGAAUACGUCCAGAUACAGCUUCUGACCUUAUGCGGAGAUUCGUUUUACAAUGAAAGAAAAUAUGCGAAUGUCAUUUGAGGACACGAAAAACCUCAUACGGCCAUAGGGCCUUUGUGCCCGCGUGUUCGACAGAAAACAUGCGACCGCAUUCGUGUGUAUGAGCCAAAAACCCCUGUUCAUAUAGAAGAGCUGAACGAUGUGUUUGAAUGGCUGAAACCACGAAAGCAAUCCGAACAACAAAGUAUACAUGAAUGCAAAGUAUACUUGAAUGCAAAUAGCAUGGUAGCAAACCAUGAUGCCGCCCAAGGGUGGGCGCCAGCGCGACAGCCCCAAACACAACUCCAGGCAAAGCCUUAACAUAUAUAUAUAUAUAUAUAUAUAUAUAUAUAUAUAUAUAUAUAUAUAUAUAUAUAUAUAUAUAUUUGUGGUCAGGGCAAUAUUGCCAUAAUAGUAAGAUAACAUAUAAUUUGUACACAAUAUUAUUAUUAAUGGUAUUUAUAUAAUGCCAGCAUAUUCCAUAGUGCUUUACAAUAUCAAAGAAGAAGAUUUAACAAUAAAUGGGACAAUUACAAAAACUUAAAGGAACAAUAGGUUGAAGAGGGCCCUACUCAAACAAGCUUACAGUUUAUAGAACGAGCUUACAGUCUAUAGACCCAAUAAACAUAGUUAAUAACACCAGUCUGCUGGUGUGCCGGAACCAACAAUGCAGUAGGCCUGUAAUAAAAAGGGCCCAUCUUAGAGUGUGAUGUAAAAAGAGGAAGUGAUGGGAGGGCAACUUGCCAGACCAACAACGGUAAAGUGGGAGAGGAGUUGAUUCCCUUAGAAAGGCAUCUCAAGCCCCUCCCACAACUACAGGUCCAGCCUUAAAUUUGUGUAAUGGCUAGAUAACAUAUAAUUUGUACACAAUAAACAUAGCUGAGCUGGGAUGUGGUUGGAGGAAGCAGAUGAUGCUGCUCCUAUGUGAAAAGAGUGUCCUGAAUAAUGAGUUGCAUUUAGGCCAAAUCUAGUCAAAUGCAUACGGAGCAUAAACUUAGCAGUAGUGAGACUGGAACCGUGUAGUUCUAGUAGUGGUUGGUGUAGUUGUUUGUGAAAAGUGUUGAAAUUGUAUCCAAUACCUUAACGGGGCACUAUUUGUUAUAGGUAGGGAAAAAGGUAUGUCAACUGUGCGUCCCAUCUGGCUAGUUUUAGAGUGGUGAAAUGAAAGGAUGUAGUGAUCUACAGAUCUGUGGAUAUCAACUAUUUUAAGGUAGUCUGUGGCCAUUACAUUUAUGGUGGUGAAUUCUCUAGGCCGUAACAAUCCAUAAAAUGCUAGAUAUUUGACUGUUUUAAUUACCAUAUUAGUUCCAUGUUCGAAAGGAGAUGUAUAUAACAAAUUGGAUAAGGAUUGGAAUAUCUUAUAAUGGAUGGGGUUCUUUUAGGGGGUAAAUGCAUGUCUAAUUUUUGGAUUCCUUAUAGCAAGGUUUUGAUCUGGUAUGAUAAUAAGAAUCCUGUUUUAUUGGGGUGUUGUAAUAGCCUGUAAGAUACAGUUUGAUUGUGUUAAAGAUAAUUUUAAUUUAAGGUGGCAAAAAGAAGUGUACCCCAGUAUAGUCUCCAUGGCAAACAUAUCCUGAACUCGAAAAUCCGCUAUGAAAGUGUAUGUAUGUGUGUGUAUAUAAAUGUACUUAUAUACAUAUAUAUAUGACAUACGUAUUUUUGUGUUAAUAAAAUGUGUGAUUAUUUCUUUUAUUUUUACUUUAUUUCAACUUUGGGUGACUACCUGACAUUCCAGGCAGCGGUGAAGCCUGCUAUUCUGGCCAUGUGAUCGUGAUGACAUUGCGAUCACAUGGCCCAGAAGGGCUGGAAACAGGGGAACUGCCUGGAAUGUCAAGCAAGUCUCCCCAUCCUACUUAAGGAUAGCAUAGCAUGCCUGCCUUCCUUAAGGGGUUAAAAAGUAAUAUAUAGAAAAAUAAAUAUGCAUUUGGAGAGAGGGUUUCCAAAUCAAAUACAUAAUUCAUUUUGGUUUUCCUAAAUUCUUUGAAGUGGUCUCCCCUCUCCAAUAUUUAUUAUCCUUUUGGAUACCAACAAGGUUUAAAUAGUUUGUUCAAUACAUUAUGUAUUGUAACAAAAAAAAGAGAAUAUGAGACCUCGGAGAACAGGCAAAAGCUCAGAGAAAACUCAUUAACUGUACAUGUGCAAAAUAUGGUUAGCAAACUUCCCUUUUAUGUUUCCUAUAUGUUCUCUAAUUGUAGUUUUCAAUUAUCCACAGUUUUUGCCAAGAAACUGAGUUGCCUGUGGACAGGUUAAAAAAUAUAUAACAAAUGAUGUGUUGCAAAUGAUAACAGAAUUGAUUUUAUAUUCUUUUCCAGUAUUCAAUGACGGAAAACUUUCACUCUUUUCUUAGUUUAAACUCUCUGCAACCAACAUAAUUUCCACAUUAAAAGAACAAAACACUUUUAUUUCUAAAAACAUUAUCUAAAAAGUAUCUUUAGUUUUGUUUUUUUAAACAUAACUACAAGCUAACCGUCUAUUCUUAGCUUCUCUAAAAACAGUUUUUAGUCUCUCACCUUUAUACUUCACUAAUUCUUUCUGAAUGAAUAUGUUGAUUUGAUUUUUCUACAUAAUUAUUAUUAACGUUCAAAAGAUUAUUUAAAAGUUUAGUUCUAUCUUUAGCUAUAACUUAUAAAAAUGUUUUUUUAUACCAAAACAGUCCUCCUUGUUGCAGUUCCCAUAAUUUAAAUUUAAGGUGGCAAAAAGAAGUGAACCCCAGUAUAGUCUCCAUGGCAAACAUAUCCUGAACUCGAAAACCCGCUAUGAAAGUGUAUGUAUGUGUGUGUGUAUAUAAAUGUACUUAUAUACAUAUAUAUAUGACCUAAGUAUUUUUGUGUUAAUAAAAUGUGUGAUUAUUUAUUUUAUUUCAACGUGACUGCCUGACAUUCCAGGCAGUGGGCUUUAUCUCUCUCUACUGGAUUGGUAGAUCAAGACAAUUUCCAGUGUAUGUUUGCAACAAUUACCUACAGGAAACAUUUGAAUGGACAAAAGCCAUCAAUCUUAAUGACUUCAGAGAGAGAAGAUUGGGCUGCAAUAAUGUGCCUGUCUUGGUACAGAUAAGUUUAACUUUUGAAAUAAUUCCAUUAUUGAGUAAUUACUCAAUAAAAUGAUGUACAACCAACACAAAGAAAUAUCCUUACAGAAAAGGUCAUCUUGGGUUGUCAAAAUAUCAGGUAUAAUACAGAUAUUGCAAAAAUGUAGUACACCAGUUAAUGCAAUCUACUAUUACUGCCCUUAGUAACCAGUCAUUUCAGCUCUCUGCCACGCCAAUGAGUGGUGGGAUGUGACUGUCCCGAGAUUCACACACAGUGGGUGCACAAUUUCCGAAUGUCGGAGGAAACAUUUCCAUACCUUUGUGCAAGGCUACGUCCAGCGAUGGAGAAGCAAAGCACCAACUUCAAAGCCAGUUUACCUGUGAGAAAAAGAGUUGCCAUUGCACUGUGGAAGCUGGCUAAGAACAGUGAAUACGGAAGUAUCGGUCAUCUUUUUGGUGUGAAUAAAUCAUCAGUGUGCGGGACUUCUGUAAGGCUGUCUGCACAUUAUUAGUGCAUAAAAUUAUUCAUUUGCCGGACCAGGAAAAGCUUAAAGACAUGGCUGACUACUUUGAGAAUAGGUGGGGCCUUCCACAGUGUGUUGGUGCUAUUGAUGGGCAAAAAAAAUAAAUCUCCAGGCACUCUAGUGUUAAAGCCGCAGGCAGAUUUUAAUGGAACAGAAAGAGCAGCAACGUUUCGACCUCCACAGAGGUCUUUUUCAAGCUAGGUCGAAACGUUGCUGCUCUUUCUGUUCCAUUAAAAUCUGCCUGCGGCUUUAACACUAAAGUGCCUGGAGAUUUCUUUUUUGCCUUGACGUAUUGGGAUUGCUGGUCCUGUUCCAGAGCACCGGUGGCUGCUGCGGUAUGAGUACAGUUCCUACAAUCAUCUUUGUGGUGCUAUUGAUGGGUCACACAUACCAAUAAUAGCACCACAAGAAUACCACACUGACUACUUUAACAGAAAAGGCAGGCAUUCUAUCAUCCUCCAGGGAGUAGUGGAUGGAAAAGGACUAUUCUGGAGUGUGAAUGUAGGAAAGCCUGGGAGUUUGCAUGACGCUCGGGUUCUACGAUUGUCCACAUUUUGGGACUUGGUUGGGCAGGGAGGCCUGUACCCUGUUUGCACUAAGAACAUUGGGGGGUUAAAUGUUGGCUUUUAUGUGCUGGAGGACCCUUUACAGAACUGGCUCCUGAAACUAUUUCCUGACAAUGGCUGCCUGACACCAGAACAACAAACCUACAACAAGAAAACAGCCAGAGCACGGGUCAUAGUUGAAAAUGCAUUUGGGAGACUUAAGGGUAGGUGGCGGUGUCUUAUGAAGAUGAAUAACAGUGACAUUGAACUUGUCAAAUCCAUGGUUCUUACUUGCUGUGCUCUUCACAAUCUUUGUGAAAGUCAUGGAGAAGACCUCCACCAGGAAUGGGAUAUGAGCCAGGACGGGUAAUAGCACGGGAUAGCAAAGAAGAGUGCAGUAAAGUAUGUAAGACUCUGUUGCGGCACCUCAACAUUUAAUUUUAUACUAUGAUUUUUUUAAGUUUUAAAUUUAAUCAGACACACCCACAGUCUCUCCAUAUUUUUAUUCCCCAAAAAAUAAUCUUUCAAAAUAAAACUACAAAUAAACAAUUACAAAAAUUCAAAUAAUUGGUUUUUUUACAAAUAAACAAAAUUACAAAACACAAACAAACAAAAAAACUACAAAAAAAGUGUACAGGUCCUGUGCUGGCUGAAAGGCACUACUGCCUGGGCGGUGGCAUGGGAUCACGACUGCCUCCCAGCACUUGAACAAGCUGCUCAAGGACACAGAGGAAGGCAUGGUUAAAGGUAGCCGUCUGCUCCAUCUGCUGCCAGGCGAUUUCUGCCUCUGGUGCCUCGCUUCCUGGGCAUCCUGACGCAGUGCUUAAAACCGCCGCUCAGAAAGGUUCUCCGUUCUUUCCUGCUUCCUUUCAUCUGCUGCCCGCAUCUCCUCCAUGACUGUGCGUAUAUCCAGCUGCAACCAUCUCCUAUCACCAGGAAUAUACUAAAGACAAGAAUAGUGUUUUUUUUUAGCAAUGGUACAAAAACUAGGUGGAUAUAUAUUAGCUAACAUAAUGUAAAUAAACAUAUAUAACACAUAUGAACCAUGUAAACACAAAUUAAAAUAAACUUAGUAAACACAAUAUAUAUAAGAGAAGCUCAAAACACAAUGAAGAAAAUUAAAAAGCAGUAUAUACAGACAAUGUACAAUUAUGAUUAUGGAUUUGAUCAUGCAAACAAAAACUACACAGAGGAAUUUUGAGUGAGUUCACAGUUUAAUGUGAAUUAAAGGUUAGGAAAAUGCACAAUUACAACUUUCACUCUGAUCAUUAUGUCUUACCAGUAUGUUGAUGCCGGGGUGCAUUGGGUGUAAUCUGUGGUUGGGUCGGUGUUGAUGCCAUCGUACUGGCGCUACUGACGGAAAAGGUUGAGGCAUCAUUGGAAAGUCCCUCAACUGUAUCUGAAAAUGCACAGUUAACGAGUUUGAUACACAAACAACGAGAAUAAUACACAAUGUUAGCGGUUAACUAUCUUAAAUGGCAGUUAGCAUCAAGUAGUAAACAAUGGGAUGCUGAGCUAGUACACAAUGAGAUGCUAACUACCCAACCCUUUCCUUUCAUUCCACUUUACAAAUAAAUGUGCUGUGUUUCCUUCCACUGUACACAUAAAUGUGUUGUGUUUCAUUCGACUGUACAAAUAAAAUGUGUUUUUUGUGCAAAGAGUGAAUGGUUUUGUGCAGUGAUUUUUAUAAAUGGGUAGCAGAGCUAAAGCCAAUGCCAAGUGGAAAAAAUACUUACCAACAGGCUCCAUAAUGGAUUUGAGAAGUGCAGAUGCCGAGUCCAGACCUCCCUGCCUUGGUUUGCCAGCCUGUGACCGUACGUGGCGUCCAUGGUGUCGUACCACCUCCAAGUACUUUGACUGUUUCCACUACAGCUGUUGGCGUCCUUAAUUUUUUAAUAUUGGCCUUUUAGCUUCUUAAGCUUUACCCUGCACUGAAUCGACGUCCGUUCAAAUCCCUCGGCUGCCAUCCGCUGAGAAAUAUCUUUAUACACCUUUUAAUUUCUCACUGAUCCAUCAAGCUCACUCUGAAAAAAAGCUAUCACCAAUUAUAGUUAGGAAAGUGGAUAGCCACACCCCACUCACAUCCCUAAAAUUAAAGUGUCUCUCUUUGUCUAAUUUAAAUGUUGGGAAAUAUGUAGUUAUCAACACAAACCAACAGCUGAAGGAUGAUCAUGAAGUCACUGCUAGAGAACUAAAAAGAACCUGACUUUCUCCAGCUUCUAAAUCAUAUUUAGGCGAAAGGCCACAUGCAAAUAAUGACACUUCACAUCUUCCUGAGAAGGCAGGAACUAAGAAAGGGUAGUGCAGAUACUCCAGUCUUCAGAAAGCUUGGGAACUAGGAAAAGAGGUGAGUACAUGCCCUGAAAUCUUCCAGAAGAAGAUAUGAACAAUCUGCCUGCAGGUGUAAGGUACCUUCAGAACGUUCUACUUUUACAUCUAUUAAUGGUAUAGACUUUAGAAUGGGAACCACUAUUACAUAGCCUCUGUUCUAGAGACCUUUCUACCAAGUCUGUAAUUUUCCAUCAAAGACCAAAAAAAGUUAAACGUGCUUUAAGGCUAGAUAAGUGUAUAAAAUUAAAAGAGAAAAUUGCACUUUUAGUCUUUCAUGAUACCAUGAUACAAAUUGAAUUAUUAAGCAAAUGAUCAUUCAUUUGAUAUAAACUGCACCCGUAAUAUCAGUUGAUGUCCUUCCAAUAAAUGCAACACUAUACUUUAUCUUUGCAGCAGUCUUCAACGCAAUUAACUACUUUAUUGCUUUCUAUAAAGACUAAAGCUAAAGUCAGCUGUAAGUUUCCAGCCACAAUUCUUACACAGGUUGAUGCAAAGUCGAUGAUUCCUAUAAUCCUGUAGUGGGGAACCUUCAGCCCUCCAGAUGUUGUGGACUACAUCUCCCUUGAUGCUUUGCCAACAUUAUGGCUGUAAGAGCAUUAAUAGAGAUGUAGUCCAAAACAUUUGGAGGGCCGAAGGUUCCCCACCCCUGCUAUAAUCCAUAAAAAGAUCCAGCUUAAUCCAAAAGGAAAUCCAUAUUCUCAGUCAAUAUUAAAAUUGCUACAUCUAUUCUAGGGGAUUAAAUUAAGUCAUCCUUCUUAAAUAGAUGUCUUUCCUUGAAUCAUCACGUCUAGUCUGGCUUUUUACAGGCAAAAUAAUAGAUUAUUUAAGGCAUUAAGAAAUAGAAAAGUCAAGUUUUUAAGCUUUAUAUCCAUAAUUACAUAAAGGAUAUUACAAAAUAUUGAUCAAAAUCUCUAGAAAAACACUAUUUUGAAAGUCUAUAACGAGGCGCAUAAAAACAGAGAAGCCAACAUCCGUAAAAAGUUCAGUUAGAGAAAGUGAAUUUCAAAUUGAAAUUCACAUUUAAGAUCAAAAUAUCCAAACUGGAAGCAUAGCUGACGUAAAGAACUGUUCCAGUUUGACUAUAUUGCCUUAAAAAAUGACAUUUUUAAUGUAAUUUGAAUUACGGGCAAUUUUUAAACUCUAAGAAUGCAAGGGAUAGUCUACUUAGUUUAAAGUCAAAAUUGCUGCCACUAGUGUAAGACCUGAGAGCGAAACUGGAGCCUGCCAAAUCCUCAAAACUGAAAACCAGGUACUCAGAUGUCUCCUGCAUGAUAAAAAAAAGUAUUCCUGUGCUCCUUUUCAUAUGAAAUAGGGCUAUCCUAUAAUUACAGAGGGUUUCUCUAUGGUCCCCUAUCACUAUUCAGAACCCUAUUACCUCAGACAUCUUUUCCUGAAAGGUGUUGUAUAUUUGGGGCUUCUAGACAUAACACAUAAAUUCUAAUACCCCACCUCCUAUAGUCUGUAAGCUCGUUUGAGCAGGGUCCUCUUCAACCUAUUGUUCCUGUAAGUUUUCUUGUAAUUGUCCUAUUUAUUGUUACAUCCCCCCUCUCAAAAUAUUGUAAAGCGCUACGGAAUCUGUUGGCGCUAUAUAAAUGAUAAUAAUAAUAAUAAUAAUAAUAAUAAUAAAUGUAGCCAAGGUAAGCUAAAAAGGAAAUUGCGAAACCUUCUGCAAAAGGAAAUAUCUAAAGACAUAGGCACAGGGAAAAAAGACUUGAGGGGAAGGGUCAAAUUAGAUAUGUUUAUAAUUGUAUUUCUGUCCAAAAUAGCAAAAUGGGUAGAGAUAAAACUGUUUUGUGGCUGAUAUGUUAUUUAUUCAGGAAUUACUUUUAGUUACUGAGGAAAAUAACUAUCCAUUUGUUUGUCAUUGUUUUCUUCUGAACUAUAAAUAUAAUUUCUAAUGUAAUACCAAGUUCUACCCUUCAUUUUAAAACCAUCUCUUUAAAGUAAAAUAAAGAAAAAGCCCUUGUGAUAGAAUUGGCAUACAAGGACACAGAAUGUGAUUUCAUUUGUUUCAUUGUGUGUGCCACAGGACUAAAAGCCUUUUUUUAAAACUUAUUUCUUGCUUGGCAAUGAAGUACAAAACCACAUCCUUCCGUGCCUUGUCAAUGUGUGUUAGUAUCAAAUGAUACUUGUUGGCAAUGCAUUAACUAAGUUAUUUUCUAAACUAAAAAAUCUUCACAUGUCAUUUGAGUAUGGAAGUAGGGAAAAAGCCUGCUGGAAAUUGUUUAAAUCUACGGCUUAGUGACCUAAUUAUAAGUGGCACUUUCCAAACAAUAGCUUGUAAACAUACCUCUCAAGUGUCCCUAUUUAUUUAGUCCCUAUUUUGAGCUUAAAUCCCUCUCACUCUUUUCUACAUUGGUUGGCGUAUAUACUGUAUGUGUAUAUCAGAGUUUCGCAACAAUAAAAUUCACAACAAUUUGUCUUUCAGCUACAGAUAUAAUUAGAAAUAAAUCUGUGUAUGUGUGAUACUUGUAGCCCAUGGAUCAGCACAGCUAGACGAGUGGGCCUUGACAGGAGGUAGGCAUAACAGCAACAGGAGGUUUUAGUGACAGGCAGCAUGCUGGGUGGGGCGGAGCCACAAUGGGAGUAUUUAUACCGGCCAUCUUAUGAAGUGGCCAUUUUAACAGAACCUAAACUUACCUGUCAGUUGUCCCCCCCACCUUCCUUGAAAUUUGGUUAGGUUAGAUGAUUUUCCCGUUUUUUUCACAGCGGCGGGGAAUGGCCAGGUUAAAUCGGAGGAAAAAGUAGGCAUCCUGAUGUUUAGGAUGGAUUAGGCAGUGUUACACCUGGUUGGUAGGUUCGAGCCCGUCGGUGGCUCCGAACCUGGGGGUGUAGCGGUGUCUCGGUACACCCCUACAAUCGAUAUGGUGGGUGGUGGUGUCUCGGUACACCCCUACAAUUUAUCUGGUGGGAAAUGUGGUCAUAUUGGACGGCCAGUUUCAGUGUAAACAUGUUAUUUAGAUUGUUAUCUGUUGUUAUUAUUGUGGGGUCAUUGCUAGGGGUAUGUUAUGUAUAUGGGGGAUGUUGACUUUAAUAAAAUUUGUUGGCAAUGUCCCCAUUUGUUAUUCUUUAAUUAUUUAAUUAAUAAUUAAUAAAGCUGUGGACUAAUAUUUCCAACAGUAUAACCUGUGUCCGUGUCUUAAUGGGGGUUUGGGUAAGGUUAGCGCAUAUGCCGGCAAGUCCGACUGUGCGUCUGUCAUGGGUCACCUAAAAAUAUCUGAAAUAACCUUAUCCAUGACCAGACCUCUGGCCACACCCCCUUUAAUUAAAAUGUGACUCUUUUGAAAUAGUAGGAGGUAUGGGGUAAAAUAUAUGUAAGCCAGAUUAGCCAGGUCGUGUGAAUAAUAAAUAGUCCUUUAUCGUGUCUGAAAUUAACAUUUUGCAGGAAUAAUGUUCAAGUCUGCAAAAUUAUGACAGAAUAUUAUUUAAUGUUAUUUGAUGUGUAGUAUUCUUUAAAUCAUCAUACCACUUUUGUAUAAUUGUGUUACUGAACACCUGAAGUUUUUUUUGAACAACUGAAGAGUUGAGAAGUGAAUUUUACUUCAAUAUUUAAGAGUUAAAUAUUUAAGAGAAGUUUUCUAGUUCAUUAUUGAUGUUUAAAGUGUUCUCCCUACUGGCUGAUGAUGAUAAUCUUAAUAUAGUGGUAAGAUGAAAGUGGUUUCCAAUGAUGAAAUAUACCAGGCAAAUCGGAAAGCACAAAGGAGGAAAUUUAGCAAGGCAACUCUGGGACAAAAUGCUAAAUGUUGAAAGAUAAUCUAUUGGUCAACAUGCUAAUUGCCCCAUGCAUACAUUAAAUGUACAUUUACUUCUGCUUGCUGUUUCAACAUUAAGGAUAUUAAAUAGCAAAUUGGCUUUAAACCCAAGAGUUUAUUAUAUUUUUGGUAUUGCAGAUAACGUAAUAUUGCUCAAAUUGUACAAUUUGCUUUCUUACCACAUAGUCAAUGGAGUUGAUGUAUACCAUUCUCUUUAUGUUUGCAUGCUGUGCAAAAGAAACACAAAUGGCAAAUUAUUCAUCCCAUCAAUGACUUAGAACAAGUAAAUUUUCACAAGAGCCAAUUAAAAUUCUUGGCAUCAUGUUACUUUUUUCAUCUACUGUGACAGAGUUAGAGAAAUGUGUUUUAUUCUUUCACAAUCUGAAACUGUGAAAGCUGUAAUUUCUGAGAAAAUGAACCAUAAUACAGAUAAAAAGCACAAUAAAUGAGUAUUUUGCUCAUUAUUUCAGUCGUGUUGGUAAGGACAAACCAGCGGGUCAGAUUGGUCUGUUUUAGUUUAUUAUUAUUUAAUGACAGGGUAUCAUUUAACCCCUUAAGGACACAUGACAUGUGUGACAUGUCAUGAUUCCCUUUUAUUCCAGAAGUUUGGUCCUUAAGGGGUUAAAGCAAUACAGCAUAAUUAUGAUAUAAAAUUCAUUUAUGUCUGAAAUAUUAUGUAGAUCUACAUUAGAGGAACAAGUUACUCUCAAAUGCAAGAAUUGUUUUGGGCCCCCUUUAACACAAUCAUGGUAAAAAGGUAGACCCCCUUCCAGAGGCCCCCCGCCACACACAUGUACACAUACAGGCACACAUACAUAUAGACACACACAUACAAACACAUACACACACAUGCACUAACAGACACACAUAUACACUCAUAUACACAUUCAGACAUGGCAGUGUAUGUCAGGGUUGCAGUGUGUGUGUUAGGGGGCAGUGUAUGUGUGGGGCAGUGUGUGUGUGUGUGUGUGUGAGGCUUGCAGUGUAUGUGUGUUUGGGGCAGUGUGUGUAUGGGGGGCACUGCAUGUGUGUUUGGAGGAGUGUGUAUAUGGGCGGCAGUGUUUGUGGGGCAGGGUGUGUAGUGUGUGUAUGGGGGGCAGUGUGUGUAGUGUGUGUAUGGGGGCAGUGUUUGUGGGUCAGUGUGUGUAGUGUGUGUAUGGGGGGCAGUGUUUGUGGGAGCAGUGUGUGUAGUGUGUGUAUAGGGCAGUGUUUGUGGGGCAGUGUGUGUAUGGGGCAGUGUUUGUGGGGCAGUGUGUGUAGUGUGUGUGUGGGGCAGUGUGUAUAAUGUGUGUAUGUAAUGUGUGUGUAUGGGGGCAGUGUUUGUGUGUGUGUAGUGUGUUGUGUGUGUAUGGGGGCAUGUGUUGUGUGGGGCAGUGUGUGUGUAUGGGGGCAGUGUUUGGGGGCAGUGUGUAUGGGGCUCUGCGUGUGUAGUCUGCAAUAAUAUGGGGGCAGUGUUUGUGGGCAGUGUGUGUAUGGGGGCAGUGUUUGUUGGGCAGUGUGUGUAUGGGGGCAGUGUGUGUAGUGUGUGUAUGGGGGCAGUGUUUGUGGGGCAGUGUGUGUAGUGUGUGUAUGGGGGCAGUGUGUGUAUGGGGGCAGUGUUUGUGGGCAGUGUGUGUGUAGUGUGUGUAUGGGGCAGUGUUUGUGGGGCAGUGCUUGUGGGGCAAUGUGUGUGUAGUGUGUGUAUGGGGGGCAGUGUUUGUGGGGCAGUGUGUGUAGUGUGUGUAUGGGGGCAGUGUUUGUAGUGUGUAUGGGGAGCAGUGUGUGUAUAGGGGCAGUGUUUGUGGGGGCAGUGUGUGUGAGUGUGUGUAUGGGGGCAGUGUUUGUGGGGCAGUGUUUGUGGGGCAGUGUGUGUAGUGUGUGUAUAGGGGGCAGUGUUUGUGGGGCAGUGUGUGUAGUGUGUGUAUGGGGCAGUGUUUGUGGGGCAGUGUGUAUGAUGGCAGUGUUGUGGGGCAGUGUGUGUAUGGGGGGCAGUGUUGUAGGGCAGUGUUUGGCCAGGGCAGUGUGUGUAGUGUGUGUAUGGGGGCAGUGUUUGUGGGGCAGUGUGUGUAGUGUGUGUAUGGGGGCAGUGUUUGUGGGGCAGUGUGUGUAGUGUGUGUAUGGGGGCAGUGUUUGUGGGGCAGUGUGUAUGGGUGCAGUGUUUGUGGGGCAGUGUGUUGUUGUGGGGCAGUGUGUGUAGUGUGUGUAUGGGGGCAGUGUUUGUGGGGCAGUGUGUGUAGUGUGUGUAUGGGGGCAGUGUUUGUGGGGCAGUGUGUGUAGUGUGUGUAUGGGGGCAGUGUGUGUGUGUGUGUGGGGGCAGUGUUUGUAGUGUGUGUAUGGGGGCAGUGUUUGUGGGGCAGUGUGUGUAGUGUGUGUAUGGGGGCAGUGUUUGUGGGGCAGUGUGUGUAGUGUGUAUGCAUGGGGCAGUGUGUGUAGUGUGUGUAUGGGGGCAGUGUGUGUAGUGUGUGUAUGGGGGGCAGUGUUUGUGGGGCAGUGUGUGUAGUGUGUGUAUGGGGGGCAGUGUGUGUAUGGGGGGGGAGGAGGGUAGGGAGGCUUUUUAAUAAUAAAAAAAUGUAUUUAAUAAAAUUAAUGUACUUUAUGUCCCCCGUCCCUUCUUACCUUUACUGGGAGGAGGGGGGACAUUUCAGGAUCCCUGGUGGUCCGGUGGGGAUUCCCUGGUGGUCCCAGUGGUAGGAGUCAACUCUAGUCCGCGCUCCAGGGCUAGAGUUCACUCACGCGAGAUUUGGAGCUCUGAUCUCUGAUCUCCCUCCCUGGUCUGCAGGCACAUUGCAGGGCUGGCACUUGGACAAUGCCAGCCCUGCAUUAGCCGGCAGGGGAAAAUCUCGGGGGGCAAUUGCCCCGUUGCCCCCCCUGGAUCCGCCACUGCCUCUAAUUGUAGCUACAGUUAACGCAUUAGAUGCCUCCUUAAAAAAAAAAAAGUUAAAUGUAUUGGUAGGUGCAGGCAAUAUUUGCAUUCAUCCACGUGUCUAUGGUCUGCACGCAUCUGCGUUACAAAAAACUGGAACUCUAAAAUACAUAUUAAUUAAUGCACCUGCCUAUGAACAACUUUAUAAAAAAAAUAACAUGUAGACAUUUUUUUCCUUCUCCUAUUUAUGUAUUUUGUUAUUUUUACUUUUUAGACACUUUCUGAUGUCUUCCUUUUCCCCUUUAAAAUUUUAUAUUAAUGCUGCUAUGUUUGUUCUCUUUGAUAUAUGCAUGUUCCUACAUGACUAUUCUUUGUCUUUAAUGCUAGUUUUUCUACUGUUUAAUGUGAGGUACUGCCUUACAUGGAUGUUUUGCUUAUUCUGGUAACCUUUAUCUCAUGUUAUUUUUGCUUAUAACCUUUGUUUGAAAAAUCUUCUUAAAUAAAGAGUGUUAAGAAAACAGUUUCAACAUGAGGCAAUCUUUAUCCUUUGUAUCUGAUAUGACUAUCAUAGUCAGUGGGGCUUUACAUUUCCAUUCCUGCACCAUCGUACCAAAAACGCCAGCACAUUUUUAUUUUGCAUAGACUAGAUUUGCUAGAUUUUCUCUCUCCCUCAAGCAUGACCUGUGCAGUGUGAAGUGUUUUAUUCUGAGUGACAGCAAGCUCUUGUAUUAAUUCUGUUCCAUAAGAUAUUGUUAAUGGUCAGUUGCGAAUGCUAUGAGAUAGGGCCUGUGGGGAACCAGUAAUAGGUCAACCUUUGUGGUUGAGUGUUUUAGGAAUAAUUGGUGUCUUUGAGGCCUGCAGGAAAUGUUCACUGAAACAUACCUUAUAACAUUUGAAAUGAAGGGGAAAGUUGGAUUAGUCAGAAUACAUCCUUUCUAUCCGGUAUGAUCACAGCAUGGCAAUAAAAUUCUACUUUAAUUUGCAACACUGAUGUGGAUCAUACUGCUUUGAAUGAUUUACAAACGAUCAGAUCUAAUAUCAUUUAUAUACAGGAAAACUAUCAUUUUACUACACAUGGCUAGAUACAAAGAGAUAAACAAGAGAACAGCAAUUUUCCCGUAGAAAGCCAAAUUUGUAUUCAGUUACCAGAGUUAAAGGGGCACUCUAAACACAUAACUACAACAACUCUUUGUAAGGAUUAUGAUGCUAUUAGAUUUAUGCUCCCCCAUUUUCAUGAGGUUUCUCAAAAACCAGGGCUGUCACAACCUCCAAUGCCUGCUCCUUCUGCAGCAACUCAGUUAAUGUAUAAGAUUCUCCCAUGCAUUAUCCAUCUGACACCCCCCAGCACUUUGAGCCUAUCAUUGACAACCAAUGUUGGAUGGUUUUGGAUUGAUAAUAAAUAAAUUAAUAUAACUAAUUUUCUAUGCAGCUACAAAUGGGUCAGGCGUUGGGUGCCAGGAAGGGCACAGUUGUUUGGCAACAAAAAAAACCAAAACAGUUCGAAAAAAAAACAAAACAGAGGAACAGCAUCCAAAGAUUCAUAGCACCAUAAUCAUUAAAAUGAGUUAUGGUGACUAUGGAAUUUCAAGCAUCCCUUUAAGGUUAUCUUUUGUUAUAGAAUCCAGUCCUCAGAAAUAUAGACUGUCUAGUCCAGGGGUAGGCAACCUACGGCACUAGUGCCAUGCACGGCACUCAAGGCUGCUAGAGCCAAACAGGCACUGGCCUAUCAGGAGUCUCAGUGAAACUUCAAAUAUCUGCUAAUACGAAAUGAUGGUUGAGGACAAUCCUCAAUUUAAGCAUUGCAGCACAUAGAGGAAGUGAUCUCAGAGCACUUCCUCCCAGCACUUGUGAAUGGGAAUCCACACAGUAGUAGAGCAGCCUGCAGCUGCUGUUGCAGCUCCUGUCCUUGACCUGUACCUAGCCAGCCUGGUCCCCACUGGAACCCAGGGAAGCCACCCACACUGCUAGAUAUACACAGAAAUGCAGAAUAAUACUCCCCUCAUACAAAUGAUACGAACAGCCCACACACAAACACAACACACAAUCUGUACAAACGUAACCCGCUAACAAUCCACAUACAUGCACACAACCCCACAUGCAGCUUCUCACAUGCAAUACCCCAAACAGCCCCCACACAUAUACACACUACCAAACACACAAUGUGACAUAUCCAUCCACACACAAUUCCACAAGCAGCCCCCAUACACAGCCCACAUUAAUAGGUACACAAUACCACAAACUACUCCUGAACAUAUACAAUAUAAUAGCUCAUAUACGCACAAAUACAAAGAUACAAAGCAAUUACAGUAUAAAUAACACAAGCAGAAUACGGCAGCAUACAUACCUCAAUUUUAAAAAAUAGGACUGGCACGCAACGGGACAUCACAAUCCUAUAUCGGCACAGUGCUGCUAAAAGGUUGCCUACCCUUGGUCUAGUGUAAUAGCAAAAUUACCAGCGACAGUAUAUGUUACAUUUGCUUUGAAUAUGUAGAGCUAGACAUCCAACACAAAAGUGGUAAUUCAGGAUUUUUUUUGUAGUAAAAUUUCCCAUAUAUGUUUAUAUUAUUGAUAAAUGUAUUAUUGAUAAAUUAAUUUUAUAGACUAUUAACAUCUAUGAUGACAAUUCGAUCUAUGUAAUGUCCGUUUGAACUGAGAAAUAAUUUUGUUAAUGUUAUGUAAUGUUUUGCCUUUUUACAUAUACUGUAAGAAUGUUUAAUACAAUAUCCACUACUUGUAUUGCCUUCGUGUUCAUUCCCGUUGCAUGGUUAGAUUUUAAUAACAAAUAGCACUAUGUUAGCUUAACAAUAUAAAAGAUACAGAAAAUGAAAUACUAGCUAACUUAAUUUUCUUUGUUUGAAAGUUGCAAUCUAAAUCUAAUGGAUUUUCUGUGGCAUUAAAGAGAUCAAGAUAAUUUCAUCCUUUAUAAUUAAGUUUUAAGCAUUAAUGAUAAUUAUCUUAUUCAAUGCAAAUCCCAAUACUUAUUUAUUUUAAAUUAGUUGAAUUAAAUGGUCCCUAAAAUUUGCAUACUUUCUUAUGUGAAAAGAAAUCUACUUCAUUAUGUUUUCUGUUCAUCCCAGAAAACACAUGGGAUGAAAUGUUGUAAAAUAAGUCAAUUGGAUUCGGAGCAGGAAAAUUGCUGAGGUGAUAAAAAACACAAGGUGUUGAAACCAAAAAAUAACUUAGUGUUGCCUUCCUAAAGCCCUUCCCCUCUAAAACCACACAUCUCACUCCCAAAUCUACCCCUUAGCAUGCCUCUGUACACACUCAUAGUUGCUUACAGACAAACACAUAGACACGGACAGACAGCCAUAGAUGCACACAUACACCCUCAUAAACAGACACCAAAAUAUACACACAAAGACACAUAAAGGCACAAACAGACACAGACAUGCACAAACUGACACAAACAUGCACCAACUGACACAGACAGACACAGAAAGGCAUAAACAUAUACAGACAUGCAGAGAAAGACACAGACAGAAACAAACAUACACAGACAGGCAAAGAAAAGCACAAACAUACACAGACAGGCACACAUAGAGAUACACACGUGUGUAGACCUGUGUAAAUACAAACACAACAAAAUAAUUCAUAGCAAAUAGAUGUAUUUUUAAUAUGCAACUGAUACCUGCCAUAUACAAUGUGACAUGCUCAGUAGUGGUCUUACCUGGAGUGGAUAUACAAAUGGAGAAAUGGAGAGAACAGACCCCUGCAGGCUUAUGUUAUGGGGGAGACGGGCCUCUGGUUUCUUCAAAUGCAGAGAAAGGGGAUCAGAUCCUGUCUAACCUAUAUUCCCAUGGGUUCCUUGCUCUUCACUACCCUCUGCCUGUCAUUUUGUGCUGGAAUUUCAGUAAGGAACAUCUGCACAGUGUGUGAACUGUGUAGGUAGACUCGGAGUCCCAGAUAGUCCCAGGAAUUGGAACUCUGGCCUAAUAAUUAUACUGAGCAUAUUUUAGAUCUGGUGCUUUUUGGGGGGCAUUAAAAAUCUUACUUGCGACUUACAUGUUUGCCACCAUAAAAUAGAUUUUUUUUUCAAUACAAAAUAUAGGUUAUAUACCAAUGCAGGAUAUACUUUGUUUUUCUGUUCGUGUAAUUUAUGAGACAGAUUUAGUUGGUUGAUAAGUUAUGUAAGGGGAGCUGAGUUCUGUAGUGUUUGUGGAAAAUCUUCAUGACUAAUUCAUGUUCUGAAGCAAGCUCGCAUUUCUUAAUUUAUCCUUACAAGGCUGUUAAAAUAUUCAAGAUUCUCAUAAUGCAGAAAAAUUAUCGUGUAGCUAUAUGGAUGCUCUCAAUGCUGUAUUAGUAAGCUGAAUUUCUACAAAUGAACUGACUUUUAUCUGUAAAUGCAAUUGCAUACUAUUUAAAACUUGAUGAAGGCUUGUGUCUUUUCAGCCUAGGUAACUAUGUAAACCAUUCAUAACAAGGGGGUAGGCAAAUUCCAUUAUAUCAUACCUGCUCUGGAAAUUUGAAGCCAUGAAGAAAUUAAGACACAAUAGCAUUUUUAUAAGAAUUUCUGGUGACUUUCUUCUGUAACAUAUUUUUUGUUAUAACAAAUAUGUGGGUUAUCAUUAAAGACCUGCAAUCAAAGUUCCUCUAGUUUAGUAAGUGGACAAUAUAUACAAGCUAAAAACAAAUCAAAUAUCAUUUAUUAUUUAAACUUUGUACCAUAUUACGUAUAUAUGUAACAAAAUAGCAUCCUUCCAGAAUAUAAUCCAGUUUAAGACUUUCUAAUGAAAGCGUUUGUCAUGAUUUUUGACUUGUUUAAAUUAUAUGGUUUAUAUAUUACUUAGGUUGUUUUUUGCCCUCUUUAACUAGCAAUGCAUGUUGGUAUAUAUCCAUAUAUUUCCUUAUCUGUGCAUGAAAUCCAAUUGCUGUAACUAAUGGAUUUUUCACAUUAAAGCUAAUAUUGACAUAGAUCUCUGUUUCUCUCAGUGAAAAACAUGAUUUACAGCAAAAUGAAUCGAUAGUAUGAUCUGAGUUUGUUAUGAAAAUUUACUAAAGAAGGGUCAUUUAUAAGUAAAAAAACUAAACAAAAUAUUUAUAGGAUUGUUAAUAUAUAUAUAGAUAUAUAUAUAUCUAUAUAUAUAUUAACAAUCCUGUUUUCGGAUUGUAAUCUGAUACAAGCUGAAUCCAUUGCAUCUUACAUUUGAGUAUGUCUAAAAUUGUUCAACAUUUAUGUACAAAAAAAAACAAGUCCUGCGCUCAAACUCUCCUUACUCCUGGACCGCAGCAAAGACCACAGUACACAUCAGCCCAAAUACAUUCAGUAAAAACCAAAGCAGUAACCUACAAAGAGGUCUGCCUUGACGUGGCAGGUGGGCAUACCCUAUCAUGGCCAUUGGAAGUAACUAAAAACCUCCAUUUGUUUUAAAAUACAUAGGGAUUUGGGAAAGAGCGCAGGUAACUUUUUUUUCUUUGCUUUCUUCAUUUAUGUGUUUGUUUGUAGGUUACUGCUUUGGAGUCUAGAAAACAUACUGUUGAUAAAUAUUCCUGAAAGUUACAUGACAGUAAUUAUUAGAACAUUUAGUGAUCAUUAUGAUAUUACAUCCAACUUUGCAAAUAAUUUAUUUUUGUAAAGAUGUGUUGCUUCCCUUUAUUAAGGUUGUUUCACAUUAAGCAUAAUUCAUAAAGCCUGAUGAAACCUAGCCAAACUUGGCUUUAGCUAUUGGGAUUAAUGAGCUUGACUAAUGCAUUGCAGGUUCAUUAAACAGAGAAGGGGGUUAAUGAAUAAUGUGUAUUAAUAAUACUAAUAAUAAGUAGUUCUUCAGUGACAGCUGUUCCUUUACUAUUUAAGGAAAUUUUAUGUGCCAAUGUUUCAUGACCAUAUAUAUUUAUUUUAUUUAUCCUUAGAUGCACAUGAUGCUGUGCUACGUUUUAAUACUGCCCCAACGCGCAACUAUGAAAGAGACGUUGGAAACAAAACCACCAUGAGAAUUAUAAAUUCUCAGGUAAGCAUUCACUCUUUCUACAUCUAACAGAGGAGCUACAUACAUUCAUUAUUAACAUAUUUAAUUUAAUAAAGAAAUGUUGUUCUUGUGUAUGGGUUCUAAUUGAAUAUUCUUAGAAAAUUCACUAAACUAUCAACCACCUAAAUGAGCAAGCCCACUCCUAAAUUCCUCAUACUUAGCUCAAGGCUGGAAUCCUAGUACUGAAAAUCCAAACUGGCAACAAAUGUCCCAUGAAAUAGCCGUGAAUAGCUCAGGAAUUAGUGCUGUUGAAUUCAAGCAAUAAUUAAUUAAAUAAAUGGCAAAAUAUAGAAAUUUAAAAAAGACUGGAGGUCUCCACACUUCCUAUAACGGGUGCAGAGGUUAAAGCCUUCAUGAUGGAUAGCAAUGUGCAGUUUAAUAAAAGCAGGUAGGUUGGUUACAGAUUUCAUUAACCCUCACAUUUGCAACCACAGUGUGUGAAAAUACAGUAUGCUGCUAUAGAAUUGCUUAUUUAUAAAAUGUUUUGCCAAGAAGAAUGGUUCAGCCCCACAAAUUGCCUCCUACGCCAGAUCUUUUCUCCAGCGUUAUUCAUUUUUAUGACAUCUCUAGCCAAUCAGUGGCACCCCUGGCUGGAGGCAACCUUAGAAAACGGUUUAAACCCCUUAAUGUAAGAAAGCUGAAUGCUUCUGAGGAAAGGGAGAUCUGGUGCUGGAGCAACAGUCGAAACAUGUUUAACCCCUUCAGGUAAGAAAGCACCAGGUACUUUCUGGCACUACAACAAUAUCAUAUUGAUGAAGUUGUUAUGGUGCGUUGAGUGUUCCCUUAAGUUGAAGUUGUUUUAGUGCCUCUAGUAUCCCUUUAAACUAUUACCACAUUUUAAAGGGACACUCCAGGCACCCAGACCACAUCUGCCCACUGGAGUCAUCUGGGUGCCAACUCCCACUACCCUUAACCCUGCAAGUAUAAUUAUUGCAAUUUUUGUUUCUAUCAGACAUCCACUAGAGGGACUUCCGGGUUCUUAAAACACGAAAAGUGUUUUAAACGAUGCUGGACGUCCUCACGCCAUGCAUGAGGACCUCCAGCGUUUCUGGAAUCCCCAUAGGAAAGCAUUGAAUAAUCCUAUGCAGGGGGGGUGGUCUAACGCGCAUGCACGGCCAUUGACAUCAGCAGGGUAGGAGCAGGGGCGGAGCCUGAGCCAGCACCAAGGGACAUCGGCGUUGGAUUCAGGUAAGUCACUGAAGGGGUUUUAACCUAGGAUCGGGGGUGGCAGGGAGGAGGCACUGCAGGAUUCUGCAGUGCCAAGAAAAUGGAUUUGUUUUCCUGGCACUGGAGAGUCCUUUUAAUUGAUCAGUCUGAACAAAUUAUAUUUUGGAUUUGAAUGUAUAAAAAAUUAAAUAACGUUAAAUAAAUGCAGUUCUGAUAAGAGAAGGAUUAAGAUCUCACAUGGGGCUUUAGGCAUUAACCUUCCAUCUUCACUUAGGGAUGUUAAUGCAGCCAAGUAAAUUCUUGAAUGAUGCCAAUGUUGGCUAAUAUCUGCACUCAUACUCAGACCAGUAAACUUAUGCCAGACCCACUAGUCUAUAAUUUUACCAGUUGUUCAGAUAAUUUAGUAACACCGUUUUAAAAUCAGUUUCACGUUAUUUUGCUUGUAAGUGUAUAUAAUAUAAUGCAAUAUUUUUUAACUAAUCCUAGCCUGAUAGCAGCUGUUGAAGUGAUCUAAAGUGAUUUUGAGUUUAAUUUAUAUUUGUUUGGCCAGGUACAAUGCCUAUAUUUACCUUUAUGUAAAAAAUAAAUAAAUGUUUUUUUGUGUACAAUGCAAAGCAAUAACGAGAUAUACAAGAUGUAAAAUCCUUCACUCUGUGCAAUUUCCAUUUUGUAUGAAAGCAAAACCUGACUACAUGUAAUUUUGCUAUAAUUUCAAAUGUGAAGUACUUUUUACCUUCUCUUUGUCUCCCACAUGACAAUGCUCUGCACAGGAAAGCUUAAAUUGAGUCAAAUUGCUAUGCUUUUACAAAUCUUUUUGAGGCGAAGCCUACGACUGCGCUUUUCUACUCUAUAAAUGUGGCAGCUGUAAAAUUACUGAUGUAUGAACAAAUCGAGCUCAGCUACAAAACAAUAGUCAUUUCAAAACCUGUUUGAACGUACCCUUAGAAAUACAUCACCUUUAGUGCACAUCUCUAUCUUAUGCCACAUUUGAAGAAAAUUCAAAGAGAUAUAUUUAUCUAAGCCUUUUUUAUAAUACGUCACAAUAUGCUGCAUUCAAAUAAUUGUAAUGCUGUUGGUUCUGUUUUUUUCACAUUUUUAGUACCUUAAUGUAUUUAUCUUGGUCUUGCUUUGAAAUUAAAAAUUAUGUUCGUCAUUUAAGUUAGAUAUGAAAAUGGAGCACUGUAUUUUUGCUGUUUUAUUGUUAUAAUUCUUGUUAGAUAUCUGUUCAUCUGGAAUUCACCCAUAGAAUUCCAUAAGGAAGGUUUACUACUCCACCUUGUUUAGUUUAUGAUGGCACUAUAGUGUCACCUAGUGGCUCAUUCAUGGAACUCAAUCCAUAACAAAGGAAAUAGAAGACAAGCUCAAGGGUAUGCGUCCUCUCUACUUUUUCACCCUGUUGUUUUAUUUUAUAAGUCCCAGGGCAAAAUAACAUAUAAAUUGGAAAUUUGCAAUAAAAUGUGAAACAUCUGCAAAAUAUUUUGUUCAGUGCUAGGUUGUCCUACAUUUGUAAAGAUAGAAUAUGACAUUUCGUUAUUACUUAUUUACAUAUGUUUAUGGAAGGAAUCUAUUCAACACAAAUAACAUAAUCCAUACAUUCAUAUCAUUUGGUAGUGUAUCUUUUCUUAACAUUUCCAACACUCAAAUGUAUAAACAUAAUUUUAAUAUAUUAAUAAUAAUGCCAAUAUAUUUUCCCUUAAAAAAUAUUUGUGAGGUAUUUUUUUGCGUCUUAAACCUUACAACUACCUUUCUUAAAGAGGAACUGUAACCUUAUUUUGGUAAUAGUUCCAUUUUAUAUCUAAAAUAACUACUACAAUAUUUAUCGGGGCUAGGAACGUAGCAGAGGAACGUAUAAAAUACACAUAUAAUAGAAAACAAUCAGAGAGCUCAUCGAAACAAAAAUAGUAGAAAUUAUGUAAUGGGAGAACCUCGGUUAAAAAUUCUAAAAAUGUUGACUAUUUAACAGAAAAUGAGUCCUGCCUCAACCAAGGAAUUCACUGGAAUGUCAGUAAAUUGAAGAACCCUCACCCAUUGCAGAAAAGGCGUCUUUUCAGAUGAUGCUGUACGCAAGCAUGCAUAAUCAUUUUUUUGCAUCAAUGGAAACAUCAGACUUUAUAUACCUGAUUGCAUAGUUUGUAGAAAUGAAACUACAGCAGUUGCAGAACUACUGCAUGUUGUAGGGGCCAAUCAGGUGGUCCAUGUAUAGGCAAUAUUAUAGGGGCCUGGUCACAAUGUUAAAGGGCUAUGGUGCCUGACCGGGCCCCUGUAAUAUUGCUGAUGCUGGGAGAAAGUGAGUGCAAUUACACAUAGAGCACUGUGCAGGGAGGCAGAGAGGCAUUAGAGGGACUUGGAGCAGGGCGGAGGAACACAAUGAGUGACCCAGUUCCAGCCAGCCCUAUACUCAUUUCAGUCUCAGGCAGCAGCAGGACCACAGGGAAGCCACCCUCCUGCACAUAAAAAUUAUAUUAACAUGAGAGUGGAUGAAAAUAUAAGAAUCAUGGUAUGCAUAUGUAUGUGUCAGUGUGUGUAUCUGUGUGUAAUUGUGUUUUUAUAUGUAUCUGUGUGUGUAUUUGUCGUAUGUAUUUGUCUGUGUGUACAUUUAUGUGUGUCAGUGUAUUUAUAUGCAUGUUUGUAUUCGUCAGUGUGUCUCUUUUUUUAAUGUGUAUCUCAUUGUAUAUGCAUCAGUGUGUAUCUUUGUGUACGUGUCAGUGUGUGUAUUAGUGUGUGUCAUUGUGUAUCUGUGUAAAUAUGCAUCUGUAUAUAUAUGCAUACAUCCCAGCAAUGCAAAGCCAACACAACAUCCAAACACACCCCUGCAUUCAAAUGCAGACCUUACAUUCCAAUGGCAACAGAAUAUACAAAUACACAAACACACAUAAACUCUAUAUAAAAACAUGCGUACAUUCAAAUGCACAAACACUGCUCACAAAUACAACCCUGCAAGGAUGGGCAAAUUGUAGAUCCCCAGCUGGCAUAGCAUCAUCAGAGUUGUACAACAGGGAUGUACCUUUUGGUGACCCUGGCACUAACAGGGGGCACAAAAAUAUUUCUUGCACCAGGGCCCUCUCUACAAUAGUUCCACCACUGAACCACAGGUAACAUUUAGUUAGAUCAUGGAAUAUGUCAUUUCCGGCACUGUGAAGAUCUACCUUUAAAGUAAUAAUGGUAAAGUAAGGCUUUAUAAAAGCUUUGUCCUUUGGGCAAAGUACUUUUAUGAACAUAUCUAUGUUUUGACCGAACACAAAAUGUAAUUAACUAUAUGUAUUGCUCUCAGCUGCCAGAGCUAAAUCAAUUACCAUUUCAUUCUCCUUAUCAGCAACCUUUUGGCUGUAAAAGGUACAGGAAGUUUAGAAAAAUAUAUUUAAAAAGGGAAAAUGUCUGGCUGUUAAGACAUUUUUGCUUCUAAUUGGAAAGCAUUUACUUAUGUUUUCAUUUUCAGUGUUGCUAAUAUCUAGUUACAAAAGGAUUACACAGAAUCAAAAUGUAUAUGUAGUCCUCAACCCCAUCGUGUGUUCCUGUUUUUUACAGAACUCCACAAAAAUAAAACUCAUAUUAAUAUUCAGUGUGUGAGUAUACCACAGAGCUCCACAACAUUACAUCUCAGAGUAAUAUGCCUAUUGGCAUAUCACAGAGCUCCUCAAUUAUAAAACACAGAGUAAUGUGCAUUUUCUUUGACAGAACUCUACUGUAAUAAAUCUUGCAAUGGCAUGCUGUAAAGUGUGUAUCUGUGUGUUAUCUGUGUGUGAUAGGCAUAAUGGCUGUGCGUGAUAUGUAUGGUGUGUGAUGGUUAUUUAAUUCAAAUUUAAAAAAUGAUACAUGCCCAUGUGUGAAUGCAAGUAUGCAUUUGUACAGAGUCACAUGCACACAUUUCCACAGUCAGACACACAGUCAUACACAUACACUGUCAAGUACAGCCACCUACACACAGUCCCAGGAACAUAGACACACACACAGCUACAGGCAGACAGUCACACAUGCAUCCACAGGCAGACAGUCACACACACAGUUACAGGCAGUCAUACACAAAGAUAUGGCCAGUCAUACAAAUGCAGUUACAGGCAGUCACACACACAAUUACAGGCAGUCACACAAAAAGUUACAGUCAGAAAUACAAACACAGUUACAGUCAGUCAGUCAGUCAUACAUACACAGUCACAUAUACAGUUACAGGAAGUCACACACACAGGUACAGGCAAACAGACACACACAAUUACAGGCAGACAGUCACACACACAGUUACAGGCAGUCACACACAGUUACAGGCAAUUACUUAUUUCCAUUAUGAGCACUGGGAGAGGAGCAGAAGUACUGCAGUCAAUGUUGUCUAGUGGUUUGGGAGGGAUGCAUUCCUACUUCUUCCUCCUCAGUAUGCAGCAGUUACCAGACAGGUUUAGGCAUAUUUUAGCUUCCUCUCUGCAAGAUCCAGGUGAAAGAUAAUGAAAUAUUUUACCCGGGUGCCUCGCUUCCAUGCUACUUAAUGUGACCUGCAGGACAGAGGUGCUUUGUCCUGUCAUGCCUGUCAUGCAGAGUGGAUUUCCUAUUCCUUCCUAAUCCUUACUGAAUUGUGGUUCCCUCCGCCUCUCUUGCCUGCGGCCAACCCGCAUUAGGAGGCCCUGCAGGUAAUGACGUGAUAUCAUAUAGCAAAGACCUCCCUCUUUCAAUUGGCACAGAGGCUUUGAGGUUUUAAAGCUCAUACACUGUGCUGAUGGCAUGCACGAGAAGGAGAAUAAGCAAUUGAGUAUUCUCCUUCUUGUAUGGAUGCUACACUGUACCACCAUGAUGCAAGAUGCAGGCGCAGCACUGGUCAGAGUUUCAUUUGCAGAAUGAAAUUCCGAAAUGAAAAUAAUGGCUGAAUUUCAUCUGAAAAUGAAUGAACAAACAGACAAAAUUUGUUUUGGAUGAAAUUAAAAGUUCAGUGGUGCCUAAGUCUAAUUUCUACCUUUCUUACAUUUUGUUUUAGUACCUUUUAAAUUUUCUUCUUAGAUUUUCCCUUUAGACCUGUAUAUACUGUACGCGGGAACUAUGUUUCUGAGAGCUGUAUUUCUUUAUUAUUCUACUUACUUUACUGAUUACUAGUGCAAAGCUGCGUGAUGGGCAAGAACAUGCCCAAGAUGGCCCGAGUCACUCCGAUAAAGUGGAUCGAUGACUCCGACUUCACGAGUCUCCCUAUGGACAACCGGACGGUCACCACAGCAGAAAGGAAAACUUUUCUAGCCGAACUUGCUGCAUCACUAAUAGCAAGUAUGGCAACACAAUUAAACAAUAUGGUGGAGGAGUUGAAGAGGGAGAUAUCUGAUUUAGGUCACAGAGCUUGAACUGAAAGUAAGCUAGAUGAAUUUGCCAUAGCACAUAAUGGCCUAGCAUACAAGCUAGAAGAGAUGGAAGCUACCCUUGUAUUAUAUCACAACAAGCCAGCUGACCUAGAACACAGGUCUAGAAAGAACAACUUAAGUAUUAGAGGGAUUCCUGAGUCAAUUUCCAAUUCUAAUUUAAAUAAUAACCUAACAGUUUUUUUUCCAUCCAGAUAUGACGAUAAUUGAGUAAGCACACAGACUGGGUAGACCAAAACACCUUCCAUCUUCUGCACCAAUAGAUAUGAGCAGCAGAAUACAUUUCUUUCAUGUCAGAGAAAAACAUGUGAAAAACCACCUGCUCUUAGUGGCUCUGUGAAAAAUAUAAAAACACUCCAUAUUCAGGGGAUGGGACCUGACUGCCAAACAAGAUGGUCGCAUCCUGCUGGAGCUCCCUAGGGAAAACAUUGUAUGAAGCUUAAAACUGGACAAAACAGUUAGUUAUAUAUUUGGCACAAAUUCUGGAGAGCACCCAGGCGAGCAUUUGGUCUGACUGUAAACAACUCUGGCAGGCACAGCCAUUUUUCUGAAACAUUGCUCUGUGGCCUGCAGUAGCACUCGAGGAGGGGGAGGUGGCCAAUCCUCUGCCCAGGUCUGGAAACUAUCUGCUUUCGAACCCUGUUACCCCCCUCUGGACCAGCAGGGGUUUUCCCGGUUCCCAGUGGUACCUUCUUGUGGCAUACUACGACAAGCGGCCUUGUGACUUACAACGACUCCAGAGGCUGAGGCCUACCUACUAAGAUGGCUGACGCACCAGGGCCCGCUGCUCCACAGACCUUCUGAAGACCAGCCUAUUCUAUUGACCCACUUCUCUGGGUUUUUGACCGGCAGUGUGCCCAAUUCUGGGUAAAGUUGAGCGCUCAUGCCCAAACCAUGCCCCCCAUCAGUCAAGGCAGGUCUCCCAAACACGGUCUGCAGGCAGAUGCCACAAGGCGGGGAUUCACCCUAGCGGCCAUUGCGAGGCAUCGAAGAGAUGGAGACGCAAGAGACCGCCACGGCGGACACAAAACUGCCAACACUCGGUGACGGUGAGAAGAAUGCAGGGGCCACAGCCAACCCAGGUAUGUAGCUUACCUCCCAAUGCACGGCGUUCCAAGGGCCAAACCUUCAGACUCAACCCACACUGCUGGAAAGCUCACGUUCAGCACAGCCUACUGCAUGCAUAAAUGCAGAACCCAGGCCCUGCUAAAGUUGUUGGACAUGGCUGGACUCUUGAAGGCACAAAGCAGGAUCGCAAUCACAACUGGAGAUGGCGGGAUGGUGCUCUGCACCUCAGGGGACUCAUGAAUCCUUAUGUUAGCGGCCUUCAAUCUACAGGCAUUGGCCAAAAGGGCUACGUGGAAAUGCCAAUAUGUGGUGCUAGAUGCCAGCACGUUAUAAUCCUGAUGCCAGCCUUUUGGGCACUACAGAGACUUAUAUUUUCUCUUAUGUUUGGCCUUUUAUUAUCUCCUUAUUUCUCCAUCAUGGACUACCAGUGGACUCAGAGUUUACCUGUAUAACUAUCUGACACAAACUAGCUUUAUCUUUAUAAUCUACUUGUCUAGCUGGUCCUAGUGUUUCACUUAAGAGGUAUCUGCAUGGUAUAACUGAGUUUGGCUCUUAACUUACCCCUGACAAUCAGACAAGUCUGCCUAGCUUGUCACUUAGACCACACAUGAUAUUUCAAUUAUAUACUUUUGUUUAUUCAUAUAAUCAGUUAGCAUAACUUGUUUUUUCUCAAGGUUUAUUGCUGAGCUUGCCGUUUAGUGGCGUCAGCUGAGCAUGCUUUCCUCACUGUAUGCUGGCCUACACUCCGAGUCCCCUCUGGACGCCAUUUGCCAUACUUGAAAUGCUAUCUUUUUCUCACAAUAUGCAAAGUUUAUCACCUAACUUGUUCACUACCUCUCAACCUGCCUAAACUGUCUCAUGUUAUUUUAAGUCUCAGAUUGUUUUUUUCCCUAAAGCAAUACAAUUAUUAGCACUGUCAGUCAGUACAGCACGACUUAUCUGUUUUCCCUUAACUUACUACUGACACGCUCUCUGUCGUGUUUCUGUUACACUACACUAUACUACUUACACUAACUACAAGUCAGUUGCUUAAUCCACUUUCAUUUUUGCUCAUACUUUUACACCUACUGACAUAUUUUUGCAUGACCAUGUGUAUUAUACAAAAAUUGUGCAGUUUUAUCCAAUGUCAUGAUGUAUGCUUCACAAUGCCUGCAUUAGAAAAAAAAAAACCACUCUAUAUUCUCAGAUUUGUCAAUUCCUACUCUAAAGUUCCACAGCUUGCUGACACAUCUUACUGCUACCUCCCACAACUAAUAUAUCCAGUACAGAUGCCAAACUGCUCAGUCAGCGUAAUGUAUAACCCAUCUCCUAACAUAUAGAUAAAACCAUUAACUACAGAAAUUCUUAUUGACCAUUAAUGCAGGAAAAAGACUAACUAUUUCUUGCACAUAUUUAGAGCAACUCUCUAUUAAGUCUUAAACAAAAAAGUUCCUUAAUUUCUAUGCCAGACUAUAUAAUCUCAAAAAUGAUAAGAUCUUAUGUCAUCCAAGAACAACAGAUUUACCUUGCCAAGGUGGUUUUGUCAUGCCUAAACCUACAACAAGCACAAAUCCUGAGUCAUCAGUUCCAGUUAGAAAUCUUACAAGUAAAUCUUAUAUUUACCUCAAGGCAAAUUGCCUGAUCAUGCAUCUCUUACCAAUAUUAUAAAUGAUAUGUCCUAACUCUAGCACUCUAUCUACUUCGGGUGUUCCAACAAGUGGGACAAUUAGGCACUCUUCUGAACGAUGUGCUCUUGGUCACUUUUGUAACAAUUCCAAAACCGUAAAGAUCCCCAACCUCCUGUAAAAACUACCAACCAAUAUUGUAUUAAAUUUAGAUGUAAACAGACAAAGAGACUUAGCCUCCUAUUAACAAGCAUUAUUAAUAAUGACGAAACAGGAUCGACCAGAAGUAUACAACACCACAAAGGUAUCCUUGAUCCUUCAUAAAUGGUGGGAAUAUGGCUUGAAAGGUCUUCUACUGGCUCUAGACACGGAAAAGGCUUUUGACCACCUGAGUUCGAAGUUCUUAGUGGCUGUACUUCAUUAAUUUGGUUUUGCAUACUUCUUAUAUAGAUUGAUAUUCGCUCUAUAUGCUGACCCUCAAGCUCCAGUUUUACAAGCUGGCUUUCUAUCUCCUGCCUUCUCUUACACAUCGUACGAGAUAUGGUUGCCCCCUGUCUUCUUUAUUGUAUGUGAUGGCCCUGGAGCCUCGGUUGUAGACCAUCUGCAACAAUUAUAGUAUACAAGGAGUUCACAUGGGUGGAAGGGAGAUUAAAAUUAGCACAUAUGCAUAUGUACUAUUGUCACUCACCUUUCUCACAUUGUCGCUCACCUUUCACUCACACUUCUAUUCCUUCUUUUAUGGAGGAACUGAAAGCAUAUAGCAAGCCUUGUGUAUUAAUUUCCCAGAGAGUGACCAAACCUAACUUCAAUCCGACUUCUCCUUUGAUCGAAGACAUCAUUCUUUUUAACCCUAGUGCUUAGUAAACUCAAAAACAAAUGAUGAUGUCUUUGAGCAAAAAUAUAUGAAGACCUGGAAGACCUGUAGAUCGCUACUUCACAUCUUAUCAUCCUUAUUUCUUGCAUGGCUAGAGAGCAUAACAAUGGUAAAGAUGUCAGUCUAACAGAGAUUACAAUACUUGUUUUGGACUCUCCCGAUGACCGUGCCAAACUCCUACCUUGUAGAAGUGAACUCUGAUAUAACAAAAUUCAUCUGGUCAGGAUCUCGGCCCAGAGUAUCCAUUAACUUAUUACAGUUCAUUUGGAAGGUUUGGGAGUUCCAAGCAUCCAAAAAAUAUUCACAUGGAAUCCACUUUUCCACAUUUCCUUUAUCACAAUGAAACACUUCAAUGGGUAUCUCUCGAAAAUGACUUGACAGAAAAUGACUUGACAGAGCCCCACAUUGUAGCAAAUAUAUUUUGGUUACUGCCAAAAUAUUGCCUGGCAUUAAAAAAAAUGCACCUUAAAUUGAUAGAUGUAUUAAAUAAGUAUAGGACAUACCUAAACUCUUAGAAACACAUUUCCCUGGCGACUCCCGUGACUGCUCUUUCCUACUGAUUGCCCACUUUUACCAUACACCAUGGGAGAAAAACACACACACAUAUAUUUGCCAUCUAAUACAAAACAAUUUCCUCCUAAGCUUUGAAACACUUCAAAAUUGAUACAACUUAUCUGAUAGUUCACAAUAUUCAUAUUUGCAAAUGCAAUAUUAUAGCCCAAUUGAAGAGACAAGGGCUAUGUGGACAUAUGGGGAAGGAGAAUACUAGAGAUUAAAUUAACACCUAAUACUCAAUUGUAAACUGAUCUCCAUGUGCUUUAAACUGAUAUCUGCGCAUAGCUCCCUCCCUUUUUACAAAACUGGUCAGGGGUGGAAGUCUGUUUUGCAAUGGACCAUAUCCCAAAAAUAUUUACUAUUAAUAGAGGUUUGCACUGCUCCUCAGACCUUAUCCAACAACACAGCAAGACCAUUUACAGAUUCCCUCCCAUUUUCAAAAAAUAGGAGGGAAUCUGCAGACUAUCCCCUCCCAUUUUCAUAGAAUUUUCCUUAUACGCCUCCUGUAUGUUGGCGAUGUGGCCAAGCAGAAGGUACAGUAUUGCAUAUCUGGUGGACCUGUAGUAAAAGUACUCACCUCUGUGAAGUCAUAUACUUAUCAAUCCAAGCAAUCAUUAAUGUAGUUCUUUCUUUUAAUGUAGUUCUUCCCUAUGUAUUUACUACUUGAAUAUCCCAUUACAUACCAUAGAGCGAUCACAGAACUCAUUCUGCGUAUUAUUCUAACAGCACAAAAAUCCUUAGCUAGAGCAUGGAAAUCUCCAAUGUCCCCUGUCUGUUGUGUUGGAGGCAGCGUCUAUUGAAAAACAAUCUACAUACAAAUCUAAGUUUAUGGCUAUCUUUAAACCUAAUAAUCGUUACGGGCAGCUGUGAGACAUGUGGCAUGCAUGGAGAUCAGGAUCAGGGCAAAUAUUAUCAGCCUUAGAAUUAUAUCCAUAAUAUGGAUUACAAAAUUAUGUUACUAUAUAGCCUAUGCUGAUAUUGAGGUAGAUAAGAAAUAAUAUUACAUAACCAACUUGGAGGAUACCCCCAAUUGCACUAACAUUGAUACGUUGAUAUAUCUGUUGAGAACUAUACUGAUGUAUACCUGCUGAUUCCUAUCUAGAUAUGUAAUUUAAUGUAAAACAAUGACACACAAGCUUUGUAUUGGUUCCACCCCUUCUCUUUUAUUCCCUUCUGUAUCUAACAUUUAGAAAAUUAAUAAAGUGCAAGCGUUAAAAAAAAUAUAUAUAUAUUCUGUUUCUUUAAAUUCCUUUUAUCUAAAAUUGUACAUAUAUUGUUAAUAAUAUAGAUUUUUUUUUAUAAAACUUCUCAAGAGUUACAAAUCACCAUACAGGGAAAAUGUCCAUUUAUGAUUAUUAUGACUGUGGAACACAUAACGAUUUGACAUUGUCUGCUGUUCAGAAAGAAAUAUUCAGAAUUAUAUUUCUGUAAAAUGAUAGCAAAAGAAAAGAAAUACAUGAAAGUUAGAGAACAAUAAGGAAAUUACAAAUUGGGCUGUAACUUACAUCACUCUUGAGGCUGGAAUCCACAGACAAUUGUAGGCUUGUCGAUGACUGGCCAACAUACGUUUUAAAGUAAAUAUUUUGCAUUAUUGUUGUUUCCAGCAGACAGUUAAGGAACGCAUUCUUGCAAAUUUUACAUGUAUUUUGUUAACACCUGGUCAUUUUAUGUUUACUUCAAAUAUUUCUACCUGCCAUAUCCAAUAUUCAUUUGUCUAAUAUAGUAUAUCUGAUUUUUUUUUUUUAAACCACAGAUUCUUACCAACCCAAUCCAUCACUUCACUGAUAGUUACUUGUACAAAGAUGUGACUUUAGUUGCUUGGGAUCCUUCGCCCUACUUUGCAGAUCUUCACAUGGUAAGAAAACAUGCUCAGUGUGUAAUUAUCACAAUAUUUUUUUUUAAACACUGUCUUUGAAAAGACAUUGAUUUAGCUUAACAAUGUGUUGCUUGCUCAAUAAUAAGGGGCUUCAAGGUCAGCACAUACCUAUUUGUUUUACUUAGUGUAAUGAGGGCACUAAGGUGUCUGUUAAUAUGAUACAUGUCUACAAAUUUGCCUUUUAGUAGCCUUUAAUAUGUUCCCAUUUAACUCCUCUUAUAUAAAUUAUAGAUCCAUGUAAUGUUUAUUUCAGAGGUUUUUCAGACUAUGACAUAUUAACACAUGGGAAUAAUGAACUGAAUGAAUUCAAAUCAUUGCACAAAUCCAAAGUAAUAUGUCUCUGAAAACCUGUUUAAGACUAUCGUUUGAUGGUUACUCUUUGUCCCCUACAUAAUCUCAUAUAUUUAUCUCCUCACUAAAGCAAAAUGUACUGACUUCUCAUUUUCCAUCCACAUGCUAUAAAAUAUAGCUUCCUUUUCUUCCAUUCUCAAAAGUACCUUAUUUAUUUAUGUGUAAUGUGUUUUGUUCUAUCCUAUCCUAUCCUAUCCCUUUCUCUCUCUACUCGCCCAUAUUGAUUGAUUAGCCCUUUCUAUUUCCAUACAAAGUACUAUUUUACAUCUUUAUCCUUUCUGCCCUUGAUUCUUUUGUCAUAAAGUCUACAAUUCUGCAAACUCAGUCUUUAUACUUGAAGUCAGUAUCUGACUACGAAAUUAUCCAUGAAAUUUAGAUCUGCUUAUCAGCUAACAAUUUAAAGGGACACUAUAGUCACCAAAACAACUUUUAUUUAAUGAAGCAGCUUUGGUGUGUAGAUCAUUCCCCCACAGUCUCACUGUUUGAAUCUCUGCCAUUUAGGAGUCAAUCACUUUGUGUAUGCAGCUCUAGUCAUGUGAUUUACAUAGCCUUCCAAACACUUCCUGUAAAGAGUCAUCUAAUGUUUACACUUCCUGUAUUGAAAAUACGGUUUAAUUUAAAAAUUCUUAUUUUCUGCUGUUAAUAGCUUGCUACUCUCUGUAGGAGCCUCCUAUAUGUAAUUAAAGUUCAAAUUACAGAACAGGAGAUAACAACUUUUAAAGUAAGUUACUUCUGAUUGAAAGUGAAACCAUUUAUUUUCAUGCAGACUGUGUGAGUCACAGCCACGGGAGGUGUGGCCAGGGCGGCAUAAACAGAAACAAAAGUGAUUUAACUCUUAAACGGCAAAGAAUUGAACAGUGAGACUGCAGUGGGCAUAAUCUAUAUACCAAAGCUGCUUCAUUGGGCUAAAGUUGUAUAGGGGUCUAAAGUAUCCCUUUAACCCCUUAAGGACCAAACUUCUGGAAUAAAAGGGAGUCAUGAUAUGUCACACAUGUCAUGUGUCCUUAAGGGGUUAAUGAAGUUCCAGAGGGUGUGAAAUAUAAAUAUAUAUAUAUAUAUAUAUAUAUAUAUAUAUAUAUAUAUAUAUAUAUAUGUAUAUAUAUAUAUAUAUAUGUACACACAUCUCGGGUAGCUUAACAAAAGUUGUUAGUUUAAAGGCUCUGGCAUACUUCUAAACUACAGUUACAUAGCAUUGUGUAGCCAUUUACAGUCUAGUGCACUCUUAUAGGGUGCUGUAAUCAGUAGUGUUGAAUAUUGCUAAGUUUUAAUUGUCAUGUUACUAACAGAAAUAUAAGGGGAUUUGUCAAUCUAUAAACUAGAUAGAAAUCAUCAGCUUUAAACCUGAAUUAAUGUUUAACAAACUUCUUUAAAAAUAGAAUGGGAAGUAUGCAGUGUUCCACUCGUUUACAUGGAAGUUGUAUGUCCUGUCCUUUAUUAAUUUAUUAAUUCCGAUUAGCUAUUAUUAUUUAUUUUAUGCUAUUAUUGUAUUCAUUCAUCACUGCAGUUAACACCAAAUUACACAUUUCCAAAUUACAAGACAAGUUUGAACUUUUUUUGUUGUUGUUGUUGUUUUUAGUGGUAUCAUAAACCGGACUACAAUUUAUUUCCUCCAUACGAGCAACAUCGUAAAAAGAAUCCUGACCAACCAUUUUAUAUUAUUCAUCCAAAAUUUACAUGGGAACUGUGGAAAAUUAUACAAGAGAACAGUAACGAAAAGAUACAGCCAAACCCCCCUUCUUCUGGAUUCAUUGGUAGGUGUACUUAGCAUAUUGAUUAAUAGUAUGUGCUUGAAUAAAAGCACAACACAGCUAUUAGAUGCAACCGCAAGUACAAAGUGUAAUGACUCUUAUUGAUUGAAAAAUAAUUAUACCAUAGAAAUUAAAGCUUUCAACCACAGAAGCAAGUGCUGAAAUAUUUUGUAACUGGAAAAGUCCAGCUCAGUGUGGACAUCAAUAAACUGUUAACAAGGUUGUGAUGCCCAAGGGUACAUUAAGAAUGCAACGAGUUUUAUAGAACAGUUAUAAAUUAAAGUUUAAAUGCUCUCAACAUAAAGGAAAGUUUAAUAUAAGAACCAGGACUGCAAUAGGGCAGAAAGGAAAUUACAGUAGUUUUACAUAUUCAUAUAUCUACAUACUUCCCAAAAGAUGAGGUGGACAGUGCUGAUUUUAACCCCUGGCUGACCACCCUAGGUUUGUUCCAUUGUGUUAAAAUUCUGGGGACCCCAGGGAAAUGUCUCCAGAAAAGAUAGUGAAAAUGCAUCAUUAAGAGCACUUAAACAAGCAUUCAAGCAAUGAGAGGGGCAAGCCAGAGUGACUUGUCAGUCAGCCUUGUGACACACGCCAGGCUGACGUUCACUUUCCAGGAAGACAAACUCUUUUCAUGGGCUGCAAUGUACCUUGUCUCCACUAUCUUGUUUCGGGCCCACCCCACCCAGAUUCAGGAGAUAUAUCUGAUGUACUAGAGUUUAUAAGACACGUAGUAUUCUAAACAUGGUAGAGCCAGGACUGUCUGUGUCUUUAGUGGAUGUUUUAUUUAGUAUUUCUGAUUAUUUUAAAUGCACAAGCUUGUAGAAUAGAGAGAAAUGAUUAACAAUAAUGAAAAAAUAAUAAUAAUAGUAACAAUGACAUAAAUCAUGGCAUGCAAACACCAAAAUAAAUAGUUUUGGUUGAUUUGUCAUUCGUCGACUUGGUCUAUUUAGUGUCUGUAACCAUGAAUCAUAAUUUUUCCCAUCAAUUAUCUAUUUUUGUAGCACCACAGAUGGAACCCUGAAUCACGAAUCAAACUAAACUGUCCAUUGUCAAUUUUUCUUUUUUUUAUUUUGUUAUGUGGUCCUAUGGCAAUUUCAACCUAAAGAAUUUGUCCAUUCCAAGUUAUGAAAUUUAAACAACCCAUCGUUCUCCCAAAAUUCAGACGAAUUGCAAUGUGUUUGUAACUGAACGCACAAAUCUAGUUACAAUAGGAAUGGUGUGCUAAUUUCAAAAAGUUUUUCUUGCUCAGAUUUGUGUGUUUUCAUUCAAUAAUGUACUAGUAAAACUAAAGAUAGGCUUGCCGAUGACAUCACAGAGCAGUAGUGUGUGGAUAUAUGUGUAUCUAUUAAUGUAUGUAUGCAAAUUUCUUUAGUGCUAAUAAAUAUAAGAAAUACAGAAGCAGAGAGACUGACUAUGACAUGUAUAAGGAAGAUAUGUAGUCAUGGUGCUUGGAAGGUUUAUUUAAGGCAAGAUCUAGCAGACUACCUAUUUAAUGAAUUCAUUUUUGAACAAGUCAACAUCAAACACUCUCUGUAUUGGAAGCAACCUGCAGGAGGAUUCAUAGAGCUGGUCAUUGCUUGAUAUAAUUAAUUAUUCUUAAUGUGUACCAUUGAGCAAACAUGCCAUUGAUGUGUGAUCAGCCAAUGUUGACCAUUAUUGAUUAUCCACAAGAGAGAGAAAAUUAAAUAAUUGCUGCUAUUUUUUAUUUCAAAUAACAAUCAUGAUGAUUUUGAAUGUUUGACCACUGACAAAGAAAUGAUUAGUCUAUAAUUUUAAUGGUAGGUGUAUUUUAACAGUGAGAGACAGAAUAAAAAAAAAGUCCAGAAAAACGCAUGUCAAAAAAUUAUAAAUUGAUUUAAAUGUCAUUGAGUGAAAAAAGUAUUUGACCCCUUCGACUUAGAACUUGGUGGCAAAAUCCUUGUUGGCAAUCACAGAGGUCAGACAUUUCUUGUAGUUGGCCACCAGGUGUGCACACAUCUCAGGAGGGAUUUUAUCCCACUCCUCUUUGCAGAUUCUCUCCAAGUCAUUAAGGUUUCGAGGCUGACAUUUGUCAAAUCAAACUUCCAGCUCCCUCCACAGAUUUUCUAUGGGAAACCUGGCUAGGCCAUUUCAGGACCUUAAUGUGCUUCUUCUUGAGGCACUCCUUUGUUGCCUUCGCUGUGUGUUUUGUCAUGCUGGACCGAUUUUCGAUGCCCUAGCUGAGGGAAGGAGGCUCUCACCCAAGAUAUAACAGUACAUGGCCCCGUCCAUUGUCCCUUUGAUGCGGUGCAGUUGUCCUGUCUACUUAGCAGAAAAACACCCCCAAAGCAUCAUGUUUCCACCUCCAUGUUUGACCGUGGGGAUGGUGUUCUUGGGGUCAUAGGCAACAUUCCUCCUCCUCCAAACACAGCGAGUUGAGUUGAUGCCAAAGAGCUUAAUUUUGGUCUCAUAUGACCAUAGCACUUUCAGAUGUUCAUUGGCAAACUUCAGACGGGCCUGUACAUGUGCUUUCUUGAGCAGGGGGACCUUGCGGAUGCUGCAGGAUUUCAGUCCUUCACGGCAUAGUGUGUUACCAAUUGUUUUCUUGGUGACUAUGAUCCCAGCUGCCUAGAGAUCAUUAACAAGAUCCCCCUGUGUAGUUCUUGGCUGAUUCCUCACCGUUCUCAUGAUCAUUGAAACUCCACCAUCCAGGUGAGAUCUUGCAUGGAGCACCAGGCCGAGGGAGACAGACAGUUAUUUUCUAUUUCUUCCAUUUGCGAAUAAUCACACCAACCGUUGUCAGCUUCUCACCAAGCUGCUUGGCAAUGGUCUUGUAGCCCAUUCCAUCCUUGUGUAGGUCUACAUUCUUGUCCCUGACAUCCUUGGACACCUCUUUGGUCUUGGCCAUGGUGGAGAGUUUGGAAUCCGAUUGAUUGAUUGUUUCUGUGGACAUGUGUCUUUUAUACAGGUAACGAGCUGAGAUUAGGAGCACUCCCUUUGAGAAAGUGCUCCUAAUCUCAGUUCGUUACCUGUAUAAAAGACAUUUGGGAGCCACAAAUCUUGCUGAUUGACAGGGGAUCAAAUACUUAUUUCACUCAUUGACAUGCAAAUCAAUUUAUAUCUUUUUUGACAUGCAUUUUUCUGGAUUGUCUUCUAUGUUAUUAUUAAAAUACACCUACCAUUAAAAUUAUAGAUUGAUCAUGUCUUUGUCAGUAGGCAAACAUUCAAAAUCAGCAGGGGAUAGAAUACUUUUUUCCCUCACUAUAUAAAGUUUUUUACAUUUGUUUUCUUCUCUAUAUAUUCUAUGGUGGAAAACUGAAACGUUUUACUUUUUAGCAGGUUUUAGUUUAUUGGUAUUUUUUGCUUUCUACAUGAACUUUCACCCAAUAAAACAAUAAAGUACAGUGCCAGAAGGAGUCAUAACUAUAAUAGUAGGCUGUAAAGCAUUUUUUUCAAACCAGUCUGUCAUUAUCUGCUCACUCACAGAGCAAAUGUAGUUUCCUAAUCAUAUGUAAAUGUGCAUUCAAGAAACGUGCCUCAAGAUAGAAAAGAAAUAAAAUUAUAUAGAAGAUAUAUUGUAAAGAAAUGUAGGAAUGGUAAUUGCUUGUUUGCCAGAGACAAACUCAUGUACAUGUUAGAGGAAAAGAUGGAUUAGAGAAAGAGACAGAUUCAGAAGUAAAGGAUUCUCCACCUGGCCAGUCUAUAGAAAAUCUUGCUGUUCUCAGCUUGUCAAAUGUUUGUAUCUCAUAGGUUAUAUGCUGGGGAUCACUUGGAGAUUCAAGUCAGGCUGAGUACUAUGGCAAGCAGAAUUCAAAGAACAGUCUCAAGUAAAAGGGCAAACUUAAUUUCAAGUUAUUUAAAAAAAAAAAUACAAAAACCCAACCCUGUGAAAAGGUCAAUGUGCGUUUUAUAUAAAUGUGUAUUCUAUAUCAAUCUUACUAGUUUUGAGCUGCAGACAGGACUUAUUGAUGAGUAUAACUUAAUUAGCACAAGCAGCGUAAAGGAUGAAGGAAUAAAUAAAAAAAAAACAGAUUGAAAACGUUAUCCCUCCAGCAACUGAGGUACUAAAGACAAGGAGUGAUCACUCUUAACAUAGCUAGUCUGUAGAAUUCACCUACACUGCACUGCUAUAAAAUGCUCACACACUCAUACAGUAUGGACACUGGAGGAAGACUUUAGUUCUAGCAAUCAUGAGACACUGACACUGCUCUUAAGCUUGUAUCAGCAGACAAUGUUUGACAUGUCCCUCUAGGUGUGAAUUUUGGGGACACUUUUGGAAUAGCUGUGAUCAGAUGAACCCUGUCCCAAAUUUGGACAACCCUGCCGUGACCAAGAAAAAAUUUAGUACUACACGAUUUCUGGGUAGUAUGAAUAAUGCUAGUGGCCAAUCACAGAUGAUAUAAAAUAAACCUUCUAAAAUUCACAUUAUUAAACUUUAGUGCUAAAUAAUGAUAGACAUGACUAAAAUUAGCAGUAAAAUUGUCUUUAAUGGAAUGAAGAAACACAAGUAAAUAUUUGACAAUCCAAUACAUUAGGUAGGUAGACCAAGGGGUAACCUUUGAACGCUACCAUUUGUUAUAUUCAUAUUGAAUUUUUACAGAUAUAAAAAUCAUAGUAUAUAAUACUCAAAUUGUAGUUCCUAAUCAACCCACGGCAGCUUUAACUAUUGUUUAGCUCACAUAUAGCAGAAAAGACAGGAUAUAAAAUCCUGAUGUUAGUAUGACUAGAAAAACCCCUUUACUAAUAUUCAGCCUUUUUAGUCCUUCACAUCAGAUGGAUGUUUUUAUUUCAUUCUAACCAGGUCUAACAUUGGAAAGGGCAUUUUUGGGGGAAUAUUUUGCUUUCUGGCUGAAACAUUGGGGCUUUUGGUUCUUUCUAAAGACCUGCUUUCCUUUUCUGCUUUUUUACUCCUGCUUUCCAGGCACUCCUGCUUUCCAGGCAUGUUCAAGAAUCAUUUAUUUCUUUGAUAUGUAGAUUAGAAAUGUCCUAACUUUAGUAUCAGCACUGAUACUUUUUUUGUUCUGAAGCCCUAAUAGUGAUUGUAACACUAUGGAUCAAUUGCAUACAUGUUACUAUUUUUGUGCUAAUCUGGAAUUAUUUGUGUGAAAGUUUUAACCCCUUAAGGAUGGAGUCACUUGUCCAGGUUCUGAUCCAAAGAAAAACUUAGAAUUUAUGCUGUGUGUUUGUUCUUCUGAAACAUAAGAGUUUUCUUUAAGCGCAUAAAUGCAUAUUUUAUAUUGGCUUUAAAGGACAGUAAGGAUUUUUUUUAAAAUAUGCUUUAUGUACACCUAGCAUGACAUUAAUUCUGAAAUUAUUAAUAUUAUUAAAAAUGAAUGUUAAUUAUGGGGGAAAAUUGCAUUUUAUUCACGUCGACUUCUAAUUUUUACACAUCAAGUGCAACUAAAGAAAAAGCAUAUAAAACAAAUUAAUGUACCAGUCCUGAUUGUUGAGUGACUUAUACGUGUAGGAUUUAGAAUUUGUAGUAGUUAACAUUAACCCUAUAACAUCCACACAACUCUAUUGCAGCCCUACCCAUAACACUAUGCUUACACAAACUCUAACCAUAAACUUUACCACUAACCUUAACCCUACACUAUCCCUAACUCUAAAUUAACAUUAACUCUUAUCUUAACCUAACAGCAACCCUACAUUAACUUAUGCAUACACCCUACUACUAAUUUUAUCACUAAGCCUCUGCUGAUAUCAGUAGAUGAUUAUCCCAGCUACAAGAUAUUAAAGCUAUAAAAAUGGUCUGUGACUGCCAUCCAGCGACAUUUUGCUGCAUAACUGGGAGAUCUCAUUGCCAUGCUGCUGCCUGGUAUGCUGCAUCUGCCGAUAACACAGUAAGCAGUGUUGGGCAGCUGAGAAAGCUCAGCACCAGUCAUAAUUGGUAGCUAAGCAUACAGGGAGAUUUACAAUCACGGCAGCUGGGCUUGAUCAUGCAGAGGGUGGUGAUUUGAAAGGAUUUUAAGGGGUAUAAGUAGUGCUCAUUUUAAGAGUGGCAUACAGCCUAUCUGUCAGUCUGGGCCACUAGCUGACAGAGGGGAGUCCCAGGUAUUAAUUUAUACCUGGGUCUUCUUGGUGAGUGCAGGGAUUUAACCGUGCUUACCAGUGUUCAUUUUGACAGCAGUUUUAGUUUUAGUCAUCUGAAUUGUUUUAGUUUACUUUAUUUAAGCAUUUCUCUAGAAUUUCCGAACUCAUUAUAUUCUCCUUGAGUAAACAUAUAUUAACUUGUUAUUAUCAAUGGUAUUAAGGUAUUAACAUGCAAUACAGACACAGAUUUAACUGUUGUGAAAUAAUAUUAUUGCUGUCAAAAUCAACCCUGUUGCUCACACCAAAACUUUAGGAUGUGCCAUGUCAUUCUGACGGAGUUAAAACCCACUCUGUAGAGACCAGAAUGAAAUGCCCUAAUAUUGUUAAAGUAUUAAAUAAAAGUACAAAUACACUUUGUAUUGUAUACACUUGUGUCCCUAUGUGCAUUUAGAACUAGCUAUGGAAAUGCCCAGUUAGGAGAAUUCGGCCUCUUCCUUCCUGAUGACCCAGUGCACAUAGUUCCUUUUGUUGAUUGGCUGUAUAAUAAUUUUUAAGUUUAAUAAUAUCAAAAUAUUUAACCAGUAUUAUUUGCAUUCUAUUCUAUUACUUCUGUAUUUCUUCAUAUUGCACUAGGUGGUUGGAUACCUUCUGCAGUAGCCCACCAAACUGCUAAAUAAGUGGAAGUUUCCUUAUAAUUACUAGAAAUUAUUGAUUUUAUUAACCUGAUUACCAACACUUUCUAGUUGGUGCGGUUUGAACUGUCCUUUAUUUCUGUUUAAUUGAGGGUUGUGGUCCAGACAUUUCUGGAGGGCAUUGGGUGGUAAUGGGGAUACUUCCAGCAUUCAUAUUUCAGGGUUCAAGUACUUUGGAAGAAUAUCCUUUAUUGGUGCCUAUGUAGGAAUACCCUUUAUUAAUGCUCUUACAAUCUAAACCAUUUACAGGGCCUUCAAAUUCCAAUUUAGUUUGAGUACUAACCAACAGUUAGUGAUGCCAUGGUGAUUUAUCAGAGAGUAUUGUUUCCAUACUUAUCUUAGAUUCCCUUUUCCGCUCAAUCAUCAUAGCAGCAUUAUGUUCCCUAUUUUUUAUGGAGUUAGGGAGCUAGUUAUUAAGAGUUCAUUUUAGGCAAUGGGUUGUACUAUUCAAAUCUCAGAGUUCUCUUUCCUGUCUUUUCGGCUGCUGUGAAUUGACAGAGCUACCUAGUAUUUAAUGUUGCUUUGGUGAUUGAUUAGGAAAAGAAAAUGAAGUAUGGAAACAAAUUUACUUAUCUAUGCUCUGAGUCUAAAUUCCAUAAUGUUGAGUUAAAAAGUAUACCCCAGCAUACAGUUGCAUUGACGAUAUUUCACAUUGUAAUUUUGUGCUGCACUUCACAGUGUUUUUUGUGCCUUUAAAACAUAUAGCAAGGCUAGCAAUUGAAAUGUAAAGGUGAACAUUACAAUUGUGACAUGUUAACAAUUAGAAAGACUAUAGUAAUUUAAUUGACACAAUUCCACCCAACAACCAAACAUAACCAUCAUAUACAUAAUAGUUAUACAAACAUUUGCACUACAACACAAAGGAUUGGUAGUCACAUGCAGUGUUCUUUAUAUCGGAACAUUCAGAAUGGAUCUCAUAUAUACUGAGAGUUAUAAUGUUUAUCAAUAUUAAUAUCACAGUAUAUAUGAUACAAAUAGCAGGAAUUUGGAAAUGCAAAUAAAACACAUUUUAGUGAAUUUAUGGUUUUGUUUGCAUUAUUCUAAUUACAUGUAGUUUUAAUAUUAUUUAUAAAGCGCCAACAAAUUCUGCAGUACAAUGGGUGGACUAACAGACAUGUUUUUGUAACCAGAUGAGUUGGACACACAGGAACAGAGGGGUUGAGGGCCCUGCUCGAUGAGCUUACAUGCUAGAUGGGGUGGGGUAUAGUGACACAAAAGGUAAGGGUAGGGUAAAAAAGUAAGUUGCUAGGAUAGUAUUGACCGAGGGCUAAGUAUUUUUUUUUUUAAAUGACAGUUGCAGGAGAGGAAUCAGGGUGCAGGGAGAGAAAGCUUUCACAGAUUAAUUAAUAUGCUUUCCUAAAGAAGUACGUUUUCAAAGAUUUUUGGAAGGAGUGGAGAUUGGGUGAAAGUCUAACAGAGAGAAAGGGAGCUCCAUAGGAAUGCCACAGCCCUAGAGAAGUCUUUAAGGCGAGCAUCAGAGGUAGAAGUACGAACAGAGGUUAGACGUAGGUUUCUGGCAGAGUAUAGGGAUCUAGACGGGAUAUAUUUUAUGUAUUAGUGAGUAUGAGUAGGUUGGAGCAGCAAUGUGUAGAGCAAGUAUCAGGAUCUUAAAUUGAGUCCUAUAUCUUACAGGAAGCCAAUAUCAGGACUGACAGAGGGGGGAGGCGUGGGAGGUGCAGGCGGACAGGAAGAUGAGCCUCGCUGCCGCAUUCAUUAUAGACAGUAACGGAGCAAGUUGGGAACAUGUAAGACCACUGAGAAGUGAAUUACAGUAAUCAAGUCGAGAGAGGACAGCGACAUGGACAAGCACCUUUGCCGUAUCAGGUGUUAAAUAGAGUCGGAUGUGCGCUAUGUUUUUGAGAUGAAAGCGUCAGGAUUUGCUGAUUGAUUGGAUAUGAGGGAUGAAGUAGAGGUCAGAGUCAAAGAGAACACCUAGGCAGUGAGCCUGAGAGGUAGAGCAGAUGGUAGCACCAUUAACUUGGAGGGAAACCGACAAAGCAGUAGCAACACUUGAGGGAGGGAAGACCAAAAGUUCUGUUUUUGGACAGGUUAAGUUUAAGGAAAUGAGCAGCCAUCCAGUUGGAAAUAGCAGAUAAGCAAUCAGAGAAACGAAUCAAGAGGGGUGGUGAGAAAUUAUGGGAGGACAGAUACAUUUGUGUCAUCCGCAUAGAAAUUAUACUGGAAGCCAAAGAAGCUGAUGAGUAUACCAAGGGAAGCAGUGUAGAUUGAGAACAAGAGGGGACCAAGGACAGACCCUUGGGGAACAACAGGCAGGGAUUUGGAAAAAGAGGCAGAGCCAGAGAAAGAAACACUGAAAGAGCACUGGGAGAGGUAGGAAGAGCACCAGGGGAAAUCGGCAUCGCGUAGACCAAGAUUAUGGAGGAUGAGAAGAAGCUGUUGAUGAUCAACCGUUUUAAAAAGGUCGAGCAAUUAGGAUUUUGCAGUGAUAAGAUUAUUGGAUACUUUUGUCACAGCUGUUUCAACAGAGUGAUGAGCGCAGAAUCCAAAUUGAAGCGAGUCAAGCAGAGAGUUGGAUUCGAGGAAGUCUUUCCAUCUUGCAUACACAACUCUAUCAAGGAUCUUGGAGGUAAACGGCGAUAGCGAGAUAGGGCGGUAGUUGGAUGGGAAAUUAGGGUCAAGGUUUGGCUUAUUCAUAAUCGGGGUUAUGGUUGUAUGUUUGAAGGGUAGAGGAAAUGUGCCAGAGGAGAGGAAGAGAUUGAAAAUUUUAGUGAGAGGCAGAGCAAGAGAAGGAGACAAAGUGCGGAUGAGAUACGAGGGAAUAGGAUCAAGGAAACAGGUGGAGGGGCGGUAGGGACGGAUCAGAGCAGAAACAAUUUCCUGAUGCUUUACAAUGCAAUGUUUUAAAUAUACGUGAUCUUUCAUGUAAUAUCAACAGCAAUGUUCACUUGUGUAACACCUGUGAAUAUCAUACCUGGUCCUAAACUUAAUCUAAAAAAAAAAAAAAUUCCUAUAUAAGAUACAUAAUGAUGCAAAGUUCGGGUGACAUUAAGAACACAGAGACCAGCAGAGUGAGAGAGCAAAUGUCACUAAAAACUACCCUUUAACACCUCACGAUGGGGGUGUACACUUAAAUAGGUAGGGUAACACUAUAGCGUUAGGAAUACAUGUGUGGAAGCAUUGGUUUCAUGGAAAAUGUUUUAAUUGAGGCUAUUUUGGCUUAAAAUUUACAAUUCACUUUGAAUUCUUGACAUAACCCUGAUAGUUUAAUAUUAUGACUCCCAAUUGUAGUAUUUUUAUUGUAUGUGUUUAUGUGUUUUUGGUUUAUAUGCAAAUUGUUAGAGUCUCCCCAAGUUUAUUAAAGUAAUCCUAUUAAAGUAAUACCUCCCAAUAUUUCAAAUGGACUAUUAGGGACUAUAUAGUCACCAAAAGAACUUUAGCUUAAUGAAGCUGUUUGAGUGUAUAGAUCAUGUCUGUGAAGCCCCACAGAAGUACAGGAAGUAGAGGAAGUAUUUAGGAAGGCUGUACACUUUACAUGCAGGGAGAUGCAACAAGGCUACAUAAACAAAGUGUUUAAUUCCUAAAUGGCAAAUAAUUGAGCAGUGGGACUGUAGGUGCAUGAUCUAUAAAUCAAAACAGCUUAAUUAAGCUAAACUUGUUUUGGUGACUAUAGUAUCCCUUUAAAUUUAGUUGUGUGACUGGGAGUGUGGCCAGGGACGGGGCUGUCCUAAGGAAUUUUAGGUUAUUUACUAAUAACAAUGUGUGCAACCAACUGUAAUUUAGAACAAGAUCUAAAGUUUAUUUUAUAUACACAAUCUAAUGUGCCCAUUUAAUGCUGCUAGCUGCAAAUACCUUCACAGACCUGUGUCUUAUCUCCAUUCCUGUUUUUAGGCCUUAAUCCACUUUCUAGCUCACAAGUAACAAACGCACGGGCUAUCUAACAUUGCACUUUGUAUUGUAUAAGAAAGCUUCAAUGGCUAAAUAUCAGCCCACAGAUAGGGCCCUCUUUACCGGUUAUAUUGUACUUUUUGUUGUUUUUCCUCAAUUGUACAGCGUUGAGGGAUAUGUUGGUACUCCAUAAAUGCCAGUAAUAAUAAUAAUUUAUUGUAGUCUAAAGACACAUCACUGGGAGUGUUAUUGCUGUGGAGCUCUGUUAUAUACUCAGACACCAACAAUAUGGAGCUCCUAGAAAAGAGGGACAUUAGAAGAGAAAAGAGGGGCAGAAGGAUUUGGGCCAAAAUAAGGACUGUCCCUCCUCAAUAGAGACACAUGGAAUGUAUGAAAAAAGGACCUCUUGUGUAUUGUGCAUAGGGGUUAUUUAUUGCCUACAGUUCACUAAUGAGGCCUCUGAAAGGAUUGUCAUUGCAAUGUCUCUUGUGCCGACAGGUCCUGCAUGAAGCAUAGGUUCAUAACUGGCCAUGUGGGAGGAACCAAUCAGAUAUUCCCAUCUUAACCCCUUAAGGACACAUGACAUGUGUGACAUGACAUGAUUCCCUUUUAUUCCAGAGGUUUGGUCCUUAAGGGGUUAAAGGUUCUUUGUGCAAUGUUACAAGUGAGCUAAAUCUCAUAUGAGAACUCCUUAGUGGGAACUAAUUAUAGGGCAAGAUUUUACCUGUGUAUGUAUCUACAACUUGUUUUUUUUUUCAUAAUUGCAACACUCCUAUAUUCAGUAUUUUUUUUUCAUUCUUAUACUGAGAGAUAGGAAUGCAUUUCCAUGGCACACUGUGCUGCCUCACAUCCAUGUGUAUUUGUAUAAAGCCUACUUCAGUGGUUCUCAAGACCACCAACAAUUGACACCCCAAGUAAUACUUACAUCUUGAACCUCUCAUGAUCCUUGAUGUCUGGUUUGAGAAUUACUGACCUACAAAAUGUUAACAUAUUCACAACAAUUUUAGUCUGUGCUCCAUAAAUUAGAUUUUGGAAUAAUUUCUGUAUCUUCAAAGGAAAACCUACAUUGAUGCUAUCAACCCAUGCAUUAUUAAGAAGUCACGAAAGCAGAUACUACUGUGCAGUAGGAGUAUGAGAUUGACAGGAUAGCACUUUGUAGUGUCUUUAUUAAUAAGAAAUGCAAGAAUGCCUUGGCUAAACUAUCUACUGGAAAAUAAUUGUGUGCUCAGAUCUGUCAGAAUCUGUCAAGCAGAUAGAAAAUGUGUAAGUGGGUAGAAUACUUUACUCCCCAUUGGUUUCCUCCAGAGUUAAAUGUUACAAUUUGAUCAUGUUUUAAUAAAGAGGAGACUCGCACGUAGAUGGUUAACAUAUCUUACAAUGACUCUCAAACUACAUAUAAUUGUGUAAAGAGCUUUUUUAGAACUCAUACUAUUCAAUAACAUUCGGUGCGUAUUUAUGACAGUUCUAACUGAAUAAACGCCUCUGUGAUGUUUUUCUCCUGUUUUAAUUAUAAUAAUAACAGCUGGCAAUAUCUGCGAGCUGUGUCUGCAUAUCACUGCACUAAAUUAGUAUUCUGCACAUAACAACGUAGGUGAAAUGGGAGUCAUUCAUACUAAUCAAUUGGGGGGCAAAGAUAUGAAAUGGAGCAAUCUGCAUGGACCAUUGGUUUCCAUGGUGAUCGCAACACUUUUGAUAACUCUGUCCAAUAAAGGUGCUUUAAACAUAACUCCUAGUGUAUAUAAACUUUAAAAUGAGUAAUUAAAAAUCUGCUUCACCCACAACUGUUACAGUACUGAUUUCCAAUUAUAAGACCACAAUUUAUUAUUCUCAACUACCAUUUAAUGUGCAUAGAUUGGAAUUUGGUUUAGUCAGUAAUAGCCAAUAUUAUUGAUGGCUUUGUGUGUUGCUGUUAAUUAUUCCUGAAUGUCAUAUGCAACAUAAUAAAUAAUACAUGGACAUGUACAUUGAAAUAAUAUAACACCAUCAUUGUUAAUUAAUAAAGCAAAAUACAUUUUCUAAAUCAUGGUUUCGCAUCCCAAUUGGAUAUUGCAUUUAAAUAAGACAUUGCAGGAACAUGUUAUCAUUUUUUUUACGUUAUAUUUACACUUAAAUAUGCACAAUUCAAGUAUCAAGUAAAUUUCUUAUCUCAUUUUAGAUUCAUAUUUUUGGUUAUUCUGAAGAAUUUCAUAAUACAGUUAAAAGAAGUACAUCAUUGACUUGUUUUGCAAUGAUUAUUUGCUGAGAUAUGUUUAGUUUGAUCAUAUGUUGUCUCUUUGUCUUGAUUUGGAAUGCAAGGUACCUUUUCCAAGUUCUCUGGUAACCUUGUGAGUUCUGGGGCUCCAGCGGUGCUAGUGAAUCUUUGAUUUAGCUGAAUAACAGUCAGAUUGGACUGACACAUGGAUUUCCCUUCCAAUGGUUCUUUAGGAUUGCAGUGGAAAAGCAACAAGAAACACUUGUAGAACUGUUGAAUAAAGAGAAAAUAAAUAAUGUAAAUUAAACAUUUUAUACUGCAUUUUAAAAUGAUCAGUGGACAGUUUUAACAUUUCAAAAACUUUAGAUUUCUUCUAUCUCCACUAUCUCCACUUUCAGUUUGGAAAAUCAUUUCAUAGAAGUAUAACAUGAGCUUUAGAUUUAUUAUAUAUAUAUAUAUAUAUAUAUAUAUACAUAUAUAUAUAUAUAUAUAUAUAUAUGUGAUUUAUUCAGCUUUUCUCUCUCUAAUUAGGAAAUUGACAAAUUGAUCACAAGUAUCUUUCAAAAUCUUUUUUACACAAUAGUUCCUUUAUCUGUCCCUCCAUUCAGUGUUAAAACAUACUGAAGGUAUGGCUAAGGCAGAGAUUCUUCUACUCAUACCAAUUCACACCAGCAAUGGGUGGAAUGAUAGGCUGAAAACAGUAAACUGACAUGCUCAACCAUUCACAGCCACCUACUGCUGCUCAAGUAAAGGCUUCCUCAUUAGCCCAAGUAGCACAGAGGAAACAGUGACGUUGUUAUGGUGCUUGGAGUCCUCCAUAUUACCUGCUUGAAUAGUUUAUCAUGUAAGAUAUGUCUCCAGGUACCAAAUCUGUAGCUCUUCUAUUCUGCUCCAGGCUCAAGUGGAAGCAUUAGCGCAAGGGAACAGCAAUGACUGACUGAGCUUAUCUGCUUCCUCAUUAGGGUGGAGCUGAAUAGGAGAGUUGCAGACCAGCACAUAGGGAUAUAUUCUAACUGUUAAACGAUUUGACAAUGGUUUUAUACUUAAAGGUAAGAUUGCACUGAGGACUCCAAGCAUCAUAACAACUUAAUUGAGAUGAAGACGUUAUGGUGCCCCAGGAGAAUGCCUCUAAAAGGAAACUAUAGUGCCACAAGGUUAUUUUCCAUCACUAUAUCACUCUAUAGUGCCGUUGUGCCCCUCCUUCCUUGGUGCAGAAGGGGUUUUAAAAAACCAAACCUUCUGUCACCUGAUUCCUGAAGCAACCCUGUUCCUUCCUGGGUUAACGGCAGCAACCCUGUUCCUGCCUAGGUAAACGGCAGCAACCGUGUUCCUGCCUGGGUUAAUGCCAGCAACCGUGUUCCUGCCUGGGUAAACACCAGUAACCGUGUUUCUGCCUGGGUUAACGCCAGCAACCCUGUUCCUGUCUGGAUUAGCGCCAGCAACCCUGUUCUUGCCUGAGUUAAUGUCUGCAACUCUGUUCCAGCCUUGGUUUAACUCAUAAACUCCUGCUACAACUUCAAUCAGGCCUUUUAUCAUUUGCUCAGUGCUGGAACUCAGGUAAAAGACUUUAUUUUACCUUAAGGUCUUUUAUUUCCUAUGAAGAUAUUGCCUUAUUUUCCACUUGUAUUGCACUGGGACUUUUUCAUUAUAUUUAUUUGCUUUAUAAUGAAUUUAAACACUGUGUCUGUUCAAAUCUAUGCAUACUGAGCCCAUUCACCCCAAACCCGUGACAAAUCUCCAGUCAAAGUUAAAUGAAAGUUUCAGUCUCUCACUCAGGUCCGAAGUCAAACCCACCUACAAUGCCUAUGUUUUGGUCAGGCUCAGCCUUCACUCCUUUCUCUACGACAUCACCUGGCGGUGGAGACCUAAUGCGCAUGCGCUGUGAGCGCCGCACUCACAUUAGGACUUCCCCCAUAUGAAACCAUUGAAUAAUUUGUUCCUAUGGGGUUUUGGGUGAUGCUUGAUGUCCUCAUGCAUAGCGUGAGGAUGCUCAGCGUCAGGCGACCAAAAGUCGCCUAACCACCUGGGAGUCCAUCUAGUGGCUGUCUAGUAGACAGCCACUAGGGUGGAGUUAACCCUGGCAGGUAAUUAUUGCAGUUUUCUUAAAAAGCGCAAUAAUUACCAUUGCAGGGUUAAACUGAAAGGAGCACUGCACCCAGACCAAUUCAAUGAGCUGAAUUGGUCUUGGUGUACCACUAAAUAGAAUUAUUUCACAAUUACACCUUAAAACCAUUUUACUUUUUAAUUCCAAUAACACUAAAAAUAUAUAUAUAUAUAAUGCUUAUGAAACACAUAAGAUACCAUCAUUAUACUGCUUAGCUUGCAAUGAAAUGUCAGUAACACUGUAAUACCCUGGGAACCAGAUGAUAUUUGCUAAGUGGAGUUCAUUAUAAGCGAGUGACUGUCUCUUACUGUAAUCCUUUUCCAUGCCAGAAAAUUGCCUCUUACUAGAACAUCUACACCAUUUAUUAUUCCUGCUAGUUUUGUAACAUUGCAUUUUAUUUACUCUCUUGAUUCUAUAUGCUUCCUGAAUCCAUUACAUCACAACAAUUCUUACUAAAUAACAAGCUCACUGACCUUUAGGGCUUUCCAUCUACCUUCUCUCAUGCUUUGUUAAUGAAUCUUAGAGUUCAAUUACUCUGUUUAAUGUAUUUGAGUAAUAAAUAACAAGAUAUUAUGGUUGAUGAUCUGUCAUUUGUGCAAUUAUCAAGGACCCCUUUCUAAACGCAAACCCUGCCUCUUGUGGUUGAGAGGAGAUUGCAACUGUAAGCAACUUUGGGGGUUAAACCAUUCAAGAAGUACCCGGGUGCCUCCUGGCACUAUAACAACUUCCAUUAGAUGAAGUGGUUUUGGUGCCUAGAGUGUGACCUUUCACUGUGAAUAGAAGGCUUCAAGUUACUGUUCUCAUACAGUAUUAUAUCUCUGACCCAUAACAAAAUAAAUAUCUAUAAUGAGGAGGAUGUUUGUUCUCCUAAAUAAAGAACCUUUUUAAAAACUAAUUUGAUUUUUUUUACCAAAGCAAUAACCCAUUGUACCUGUUGAAUAUGUUUGCAUUUUGUAACAUAAUUUAAACACUGAUUAAAAUGUUAUUUUAUUGUGUCUUUGAUUUUCUAGGAAUUCUUAUUAUGAUGUCGAUGUGCCAGAAAGUUCAUGUGUAUGAGUAUAUCCCUUCCUACAGACAAACAGACCUUUGCCACUAUCACGAGCAAUAUUAUGAUGCAGCGUGCACUCUUGGAGCAUAUCAUCCUCUGCUGUAUGAAAAAAUGCUGGUUCAAAGGAUAAAUCAAGGAUCAGAAGACAAUCUCCUCCGAAAAGGCAAAGUCACAUUGCCAGGCUUUAGUUCCAUACAAUGCCCUACAGAUGACCACAUUACAUAA